GGCGGCCGCAACCGGAAGUGGUUGACGGUGAGGAGGAGUGGGGCCCGGGGCCCAGCUGAAGUUUGCCGAGGAGCUGCUGCGCGACGGAAGGAGGCCGCCUCUGCCUUCCGCUGAGGACCCCCAUGGUGCCGCCGCCCCGGUAAGAAGCGCGGGCACGCCCCUCCCUCGUAGCCCCGCCCCCUCCCUCGUGAUUGACUCCAGGCGAUUCCCCCCCCCCCACGGCGCUCUAGACUCGCCUCCCCCCGGACUUGGGUCUUCUUCUUCUUUUCUUCGUCUUUCCUUUUGCGAAUCGUAUGUGUGUAGCAAAGGAGGGGGCCGCCCUCCUCGGAAUCCUCGGCACAGCCCUGUAAGGUAGGCCAGGCAGGGAGGGAAUGGGUUAAAAAACUGAGCCGUGUGGCGGAUUCGAACCUGCGCCUCGACCCUCCAGCCCGAGAUCUCUGCAUAUGAGUGGUUCUCUCCCAUGACAGGGGGGCUUGGGAGUCAUCCGACCCGGCAGCAGAUUCAGGGUAGGCGAAGUGGUGCGUGUCUGUGUGUGUUUAAGCCCCACUGAAUACAACAGGAUUUGCCACUGAGCAGACACGGUGAAGAUUGUGCUGGUAACUUCCUUUAAAAAGAGAUCGGGCAGAUUCAUGCAAGAGGUGGAGGUGGAGAAGUCUGCAAACAGCUGUGAGCCGUGUCUGUGAAACAGAACCUCCAGGUUCAGAGGCAACUUACCUCUGAAUACUAGUUGCUAGGGGACAAACCAGGGAAGGCCUGGCCCUCCCUGCCCUAGUUGUAGGUUUCCCAGAGGAAUCUGGUUGGCCGCCGUGUGGGAAACAGAAUGGUGGAGUAGAGGCAGCCUGUGUGUCUAAUCUACUCGGUCCGUUAUUGUACAGUAUUCGAAAAGGGGGAGGUUGUGGGCUCUUGGCACAGGGCGACUGCUAUGGAAAGGAAUCUUUAACUGAAAUGGAGAAGCACAGCAUUUAAUCUGUGGUGGGGGCUCAUUAUUUCCAAUGAUGACUGCACAUCUUUAAAGUCUUGAAAUCACCACACCAAGUUAUCUUGGGGUUCUUCACAAGAUGCAGUGAUGGCCAGCGACAUGUGCCCUGUUUUUCCAGGGGUAAAAUUUGAGACAAAUUGCAUUUAUUUGCUUUGAAUUGCCGUCAUCGCGUCCUCUUUUUCCUCUUCAAAAUAUGGCAUGUUCGUGGUGGAUAUAAGUGGCCGCAAUGGCUAUGUUCUCCCUUCACUGUCGGAGGAGGCAGUAUGCUUCUGAAUCCCAGCUGCUGUUGAUCACAUGUGGGGAAGGUUACUGUCGCCCUCAGGUCCUGUUUGCAGACUUCUCAUUGGGGCCUCUGGUUGGCCAAUGUGGGCACAAGAAGCUGGACAAUGAGCCUUUGGCCUGACCCAGUAGGGUUUCUCUUUUGUUCUUAUGUACAGUUCCCUGGAUUCCUUAGGGAAAGCAGUGUGCUUUAAAUGGGCAUUGAAUGUGCUUUCAAUGUAUGGUGUGGAUUUGAUCUCGGUUAAUACCUGUUUGGGAAGCGGGUGGCACUGUGGGUUAAACCACAGAGCCUAGGACUUGCCAAUCAGAAGGUUGGCGGUUCGAAUCCCCACGACGGCGUGAACUCCCGUUGCUCGGUCCCUGCUCCUGCCCACCUAGCAGUUCGAAAGCAUGUCAAAGUGCAAGUAGAUAAAUAGGUACCGCUCCGGCGGGAAGGUAAAUGGCAUUUCCGUGUGCUGCUCUGAUUCGCCAGAAGUGGCUUAGUCAUGCUGGCCACAGGACCUGGAAGCUGUACGCCAGCUCCCUCGGCCAAUAAAGCGAGAUGAGCACUGCAACCCCAGAGUCAACCAUGACUGGACCUAAUGAUCAGGGGUCCCUUUACCUUUUUAAUACCUGUUUAGUAUUCCAUGAAAUCUACAAACAUGCACCUAAGACUAUAGGCUUAGACAAGUUCAUGGAGGAGAAGGCUAUUAGGGCCUAUCAGCCACAAUGACUAUGAUCAGGCAGCCUGAAUAUCAGUUGCUGGUGGAAACUGCAGGAGGGGAAAGCUGCUGUUGGGCUUCCCACUGAGGCAUCUGGUUGGCCACUGUGAGAACAGGAUUCUGAACUGGACGGGCAUUUGGCUUCAUCUAGCAGCUAGGCUCGUAUUGUUUUCUGAAAUUCUUCACAACACCAUCUCUUUCAUUGGGUCAGUAUUAUCAUCCCUGUGUUGUGGAAGGUGGUCUGAGAGAGAAGACUGGCUUGUUUAUAAGGCAGAGCUGGGGAACUUUCAGCCCUCGGCAGAUGAUGUUGGACUACAACUCCCAUCGUCCCUAACCAUUGGCCACGCUGGCUCUGUGGCUGAUGGGAAUUGGAGUCCAACAACAGCUGGAAGGCAGUGUUAGGAACAGAGAUAUGAAAGCUAGGAGCUAAACGGCAACUUAAACCUAGGUUAUGGACGCAACAACGGAAUGUCUAGGUGGCUUUUUUAUAACAAGAAUUCAAAGCUGAGAAUGAAUGAACUGCUGUUAAAAUAUUAUGUUCAUUUUUCACAUGGUCUAGUUCUUCCCCUGCCCACCCCCCUAAUAUUCUUAAGAGGGUCUCUUCUCCGGUCUUCAGAGAGUAGCUGGAAGUGGGGGAGGCAGAAAAAGUUCCCCCUUUCCUUCCACUCUGCAGUUUUAAUCUGAAAUCUUAGGCGCAGUACUGCACCCAGAGCUCAGAGACUGCUCAAGCUAAUGACAUUCCCUGUCACAAAAUGUGCCUAAAACAAUAGGAGUUUUGAACACUGCUGGAAGGGGCAAAGGUUCUCCACUCUUGCACUCAGUUAAUGAGGUCGUCCAGAGGCCAGGUCUGCGGCGGCUCAGCCUCUUUGUUACUUUGGCCCAGUAGUUCUCUUAUGGGAGAACAAGUCCUGUUAGCAGACCUAGAGAGCAAGGAGACACAAUGGCUUAGGUCAUAGAUGUGGAGGAGAGGGGACCUCUGGCUGUUUACGCUGCUCCUGUGUCGGGUAUCCCUGCAGUGCGGCAUGGAACAAGGGUAGGGGGAAUCCUUUGCAGUCCAAGGGCCGCAUUCCCUUAUGAGCAGCCUUCUGAGGGCCACAUGUGAAAAUGUGCAGAGCAAUAAGUGUAAAUUUGUUCAGUACACACAUUCACACACCAUCAAAGCAAGCAAGAGGUGUGAUCAGUGUUUAAGGACACAUUCCAGCCAGCCAAAAACACUCAAGGAGGCUGCAGAGCAGGGUCACUGAGGGGUGUGGCCUGGGGAGAGUUCUGAGGGCCAGAUAGAGAGACCUGGAGGGCCACAUUUGGUGCCUGAGUUUCCUCACUCCUGUCCAAGAAGAGUACAAUCUCUCUUCCCCCCUUAUAUCCUCCUUUUGGCAGUUGCUGUGCCAUUUUCUCCUAUAGUCUUUCACUAGGUGGGUCUGAGUUUUGUCUCUUUCCCAUCAGCCUGCCUGGUUUGAGCUGGAACUGGGGUUGAGCAGGUGGUGGUGGAGGGAUGCAGUUCUGGCUGGGUACAUGAAUCCCACCCCAUUGCGAAAUGCUUAGCUUUGGGGGGGGUGUUAUUUUUAAAGGACGUGAGUAAGCAAUGAGUAAUAUCCCAUGAUUACAAAAUAGCAGAUGUAUAGCUUUUCUCUUCCAGGCAGGGUCCUCCCUUGGGGGCAGAGAAGGCAAAUGCUGUAUUCAAAUCCCAAGCUUUGGCAACCAAAUCUGUGGGGUUUUCCAGCCUUGCAUAUGGCUUUCCCUCCUCUGCGGCAGCUUCUCCUUGCGCCCCGGGCCAGUGGUGUUUCCCAAGCAUUUGAUAGUUGCAGCAAGCUUUGAUCUGGAUUUAAAUUAGCUGGUGUUCUUGGGGUCUCCCCCCGCCUGGUUUAUUUUAAUAAUGUUUUCUUCUUUCGGAUGAGCCGCCUCCUCCCUGCCUGUGUGAAUUGCUGUUUGGAGGAACGUGUGAGGCUGCUUCAUACAGAUCAUCCAUUUCACCCACUGGAAAAGAUGAGGAACCUGUGGCCCUCCACACGUUGCUGGACUCCAGCUCCCAUCAGCCCCAGCCAGCAUGGUAUGGGAUGAUGGGAACAUCUUGUCCCCAGCCAGGUACAUAUCCCAUCCAAUCAGGGAUCACAUAUUGAUUGGAGCCAAGCCUGCAAAUCCUUGGCUAUAGGUUUCUGGCUGAUGAUAAUCCUGUUGGCUGCCUGCCUGACUUGUAUCACAGCUCAAUCUGCUGCGAGCUAAGUGUGCCAACACUCUUCAGCCAUGGAGUUGAUCCUGGAAGCACCCGUGAAUCUUCUCUUGAACUCUGUGGCCCCUUUUCUCCCACACAGUUCUGCUACUUCAGCGGAGAUCUGACAAAACACUGAGUCAGGUUGCAGCUGAGGUUCAGGAAAUGCUUGUUAAAUUGGAAAAAGGAAGCCUCCUCCGUUGUUAAGGCUUUUGGGGCAUCUUGAUGCCUGACAGAACAACCACAGCCCAGUAUCUGCUUUGCAUGCAGGAGGUCCCAGCUUCAAUCCAUGGCAUCUCCAGGUAGGACUUGGCAUGUUCCCUGCCUGAAACCCUGUAGAGCCACUGUUGGUCAGUGUAAACCAGGGUUUCCAGCUGUGGUGGGACUACAACUCCCAUCAUCCCUGACCACUGGUCCUGUUAGCAAGGGAUGAUGGGAGUUGUACUCAAACCACAGCUGGAGACCCAAGUUUAGGAAACCCUGGAGCAGACCAUACUGAGCUAGCUGGACCAUUGGUGUGACGGAAAUAAGUCAGCUUCCCACGUUCGUAUUCAUGGAAAUCCUAUCCUUUGUCUAAGAUCAUGAGGGCUGGAAUUUUACUUUCUUUCCAAUGGAAGGACCAUGGUUCAGAGGCAGAGCAUGCAGAACGUCCAUGCAGAAUGUCCAUGAUUCAAUCCACAGCCUCUCCAGCUAGGGGUGGGAAUGCCCUUGCCUGAAACCCUGGAUUGCUGGGAUAGAAAGGACUGACAAAACCCGAGACCAGGAAGAAGAGACGAUGGAUGAAGAUUGGAAGAAAGUUUAAAAAAUUUAUUUAGAAAAGUAUCGUAAAAUUAAUGAGUAUUAGAAAAAUGUUGGAAUGAAAUUAUUUGGCUUUAGCAGAAAUGUUAAAAAGAAUUACCGUAUUUUUCGCUCUAUAAGACGCACCAGACCACAAGACGCACCAUGUUUUUGGAGGAGGAAAACAAGAAAAAAAAUAUUCUGAAUCUCAGAAGCCAGAACAGCAAGAGGGAUCGCUGCGCAGGCAGCAAUCCCUCUUGCUGUUCUGGCUUCUGAGAUAGCUGCGCAGCCUGCAUUCGCUUCAUAAGAUGCACACACAUUUCCCCUUACUUUUUAGGAGGGAAAAAGUGAGUCUUAUAGAGCAAAAAAUUCGGUAUGUAAGAAUAUGUUAUGGUUAAAAGAAUUUGGUAUAAAUAAGAUUUAAGUUUUAAGUUUUAGGGUUUCUUUAUGGUAAGAUAAGGUUAAAAUAGAUUAAAGUAAUUUAAUGACAGAAUAUUGUGAAAGAUGGAAAGGAUUUGCUGAGAUAAUUAACAACUAGAAUACAAAAAAGGGAGGUGUGAGGAGGUCGAUGAAAUAAGUUAAUGAAAGUUAAGGAUUUGGGAAUAUUGGAUUUGUUUUUAAUUUGUUUGUUUAUUUUUGCUUUUUGAUUUUGAUGUAUUGUGUGUUUUGUUUUUUCUUUUUGACUUUGGUUUUUAUUGAUUUGUAUUGUUUAAUUGUUACUUUUAUCUACCUUUUUCUUUCUUUCUCUCUUUCUCUUGUUUUUUCCUUCUUUUUUCUUUGUAACUUUAAAAUUCUCAAUAAAUAUCAUUUUUUUAAAAAAUGAAACCCUGCAUUGCUGCUGCUAGUCAGUGUAGACAUUACUGAGCUAAAUGGUCCAGUGAUCUGACUGAGUACAAGGCAGCUUCCUUCAUUGAUCUGCAGUUACAAGCGUCUUUUAAAUCAGUGCUGGAAACUCAGGUGUUUAAGCUAGGCGACAAAUGGCUCCUUAAACCAAGGUUGCAGUCACCAAAACUGAAUGUCUAGUUGCCAUUUUGGGGCAAGACGGGUCUAAAGUCUUAUUUUUCAGAUGACUGACUGACUGUGAUUGAUUCUCAGUUAAACAUCUGGCUAGUUCAAAUGACAACCUUGAGCUUGGUUAAGAGCUUUGAGAACUUAGAAGCCCCUUGGUCCAGGGACAGUCCACAUACCGGUAUAUAUUGGCCUAUUCUGAACUCUCUUUCUUAAUGGUGACUGCUCCUGCUCAGGCUGCUCAGAAAAAGAACUUUGAAUCCAGAAAUUCAUUCCGAUUGUACUGAUAAAAUAUAACUGAUGGAAUUCUACAGGUUGGGAUGUUAGUCCAGAUCUAAGGAUCCCUGAAUGGUGGAAAUGUCAGGUGCCAUCCUAGCGCCCAAACAUCUUCACUUGGUCGCAAGUGGUUCAUUUUGCACCUGGCACCUAGCUAAUUCCGAACGCUGCCUCAAACAGCCAGGUUGGAAAAGGGAGAUUGUAAGAAAAACCCUAAGAGACCAGGGAUAUGGGGCAGGAAAUUUUCUGGAAAACUUUCCAGCCUUCUCUGUGGGAAUUCUUUCUGUUUCAUAAGUCCAUUGAUAACGAUAGAUGCCAGCUGCAGAUUCUGUGUUAGGCGAGGCUGGCAGUUUCAACGGAGGUGACUGCUUUGUACAGAGACAGACCAUUUAUCAUUUCAGGCAGAGGGAUAUUCCCAGCCCUACCUGGAGAUGCCAGGGAUUGAACCUGAGGCCUCCUGUGUGCAAUGCAGGAGCUUUGCCUGUGAGUUACAGGCCUUCCUCAUGACUUUAGCAUUGUAAAAGUAAAAGGAACGUACUCUUUAGGGCAGGGCUGGGGAACUGGGUCCAGCUGGCAAAUCAGAUCUUUACCUCUGCACAUACCUGCAGAGCCACCCUCCUGUCAAUCACCUGAGAACAACAACCUUCAUAAUCCAUGGCCACUGGUCACGCUUGCUGGGGCUGAUGGGAGUUGUAGUUCCACAACAUCCAGAGGGCCAAAGUUUCCCCAUACCUGCUCUAGCUGGCAUCAGAAAAUGUUUUGAUGCAAACUGAAAAAACUCUCUUAAUCGAAUUUUCCUAAUAUGUGCAUGGCAAACUUUUCCAGUUCAAAAUUUUCUGAAAAAGCCACAUCGUUUAUAAAAGAUCCACUGCCUGGCAGGGCUGGACAACACAUGGGAAGUCGAGGCAAAAUACUCCAGUGGCUCCAGUCUUGGCAGGGAUGGGUAGUGGGCCUACAACUUCCAGGGGUGAUGGGAUUUGGAGUUCAGCGACAUCUGGAGCACCAAGGCUGCGGGAUCCAUCCCCGUAUGGGACAGCUGCAUAUUCCUGCAUUGCAGGGGGUUGGACUAGAGAAUCCUCAGGGGGUUCCUUCCAACUCUCCGAUUCUAUAAUCUGAACUUUUAAGGGAACAGGACGUGGGGAAGCCUACCUUACCCCAAGUCAAGACCCCUUGGUGUUUCUAGCUAGGUAUUCUCUACACUGACCAGCUGCUCUCCAGGUUUUCAGACAGGGCUUAUUUCUCCACCUUGCAUGCCAGGGGGGUCUUCCAUGUGUGUAUCAGAUCUGCCACCGAGCUACGGUUUUUCUCCUUGAAAUAGCGCAGGGUCCUAGUCCUCAUGGUUCUGAAUGAGCAGCUGGUUUAUAGGAAGCAUGCUAUUGGUGCGUCUGGUUUAUAGCAAGCAUCCAAUUGGUCCGUCUAGCUCAGCGUUGUUUACCCUGACUGGUAGCAGCUCUCCAGAGUUUGACAAGGUCUUUCCUCCCCCUUUGUAAAGAUUCUGUUGCUUGGACCUGGGACCUUCUCUGUGCAAAACAAGCUCUUUACCGCUGUGCUUUUAUCCACGACACCCUUUUCUCUGGUCCUUUAACUGCCUUCCACCGAACUUUGCAAACAAAGAAAGAAAGACCAAUCCUUCUACCAGGUACAUCAAGGCCAGUGGGAGUUCCUUCCAUGGUCUGGUUGGGUUGGUCACCUGGGGGACGUCUGAGAACAAAGGAAUGUCUGAACUGCGACUGGGUUAUGGGGCUUGUCUUGUUCCUGCUCAGAGAGGGCUGGCUGAUAUCUCAGAUUUCAGGGCUUGUAAAAUCAGGAUUGCCUGCAAAGGAGGCGGGGGGGGGGGGGAGAAACCAGAAGCAGUUUUAAGUUAGGGAAACCUCCUUUUCUCUCUUCUAGGAAGAGGAGGAGCGAUUCCUGAAGGGGUGAGGCUGUAGUUUCUUCUCUUGUGUUUGCUCUUGCUUUCUGAGACGGGGGGUUAGAAAAGUGUGUGUGUCCAGGCCAGCUUUUCAGCAGGGCAAUUUGCUCUCUCCGUUCCCAAUCCGUCUGUGCGAGGGAUCGCCACCCUUUCGUAAGUCGGCCGCCCGGGAGGAAGAACUCCUUCCUGGCUUAGCCGGAAGGGAGAAGGAGAGCGCCAUGUCUCCCUGCGCCGGCCUCUGUUCGGAAGGGAGUGUGCUUGGCCUCCGCAGAAGCCACAGCCCGCAAUGGCACUCUCAGGCCGGGGUGUGGGGUUGCUGUUUCCCACAUCCUUAUUUCUGCAAAAGAUUGACACCUCUGCAGCUGAGUUGGAGAGCCGAAGUUUAUAUAUGCCGCUAAACCAGAAAGUAAGCUUUGGAAUGCCCCGAGUCUUUCAUGUCUGGGGAUAUGCCAUAGGAACACAGGCAGCUGCCUUAUACUGAGUUAGACCACUGUGUAGGGUUUGGGGGCAGUGUCUCCUAUCAGCCCUGCUUGGAGAUGGCGAGGAUUGAAUCCAGGGCCUUCUGCAUGCAAUGCUGGAGCUCUGCCACUGAGCCACGGCCCUUCCCUUCAUUGCUCUGAGUGCAGUGAUCAACACCGAGACUUGAACCCAUGGCAGCAGAACUUCCCUACUGACUUAUUAGUUAUUGCAUUUUCUAUCCAGCCUUCUUCUCCAGGUGUGCCAGACAUGGUUCUCCCCAUCCUCAGUCAAAGAAAAAUAGAACUGUAGAGUCGGAAGGGGCCCUGAGGGUCAUCCCCACACAACAACCCCGUGAGGUAGGCUAGGCUGAGAGGCAGUGACUGGCCAGGGCCACACCCCAUGAGGAUUCGAACCCUGGUCUCUCCCAGGUCCUAGUCCGACACCCUAACCGCUACACCACUCUGCUUCUCUGGGCAAAUUGUUCAUGCAGUUUUUUCCCUCCUUUUAAUGCCGCAAGUCCAUUUGGUCAAGCAUUCUGCUUUCAUGAAAAUCCCCCAGUCAUGUGAUGGGGCGUACAUCUCUCACCCCUGUUUGUCCCCCUGCAACUGGCAUUCUGGGGUAGACUUCCUUUGAACAUGUGGGCUCCACGAAUCCAUGGACCCCCCCCCUUUCUCAAAAGCUACAUAAGCUGUUGGGAGCCAGCACCAGCUCUGCCUUCCCUCCUGCUUUCAGGCCUCCCUGGCUUGCUCCCCCCACUAGACAGCUCAUUAAUCACAGCCUGUUUACUGCUGACUUUCUCUAGCCUGCUGUUUUCCUGGUCCUCCUCUGAGCUCCCCUUAUCUGGUAGCCUCCCGCCCUAAUCUCUCCCAUCAGCCAGGCUCCAUGCCUGGGGCGAGGUUAGGGCCCCAGAUAGAAAGGCUUGCUUGCUUCCAGCAGCAACACCAGGAAGUUCAAAUCCUGUUUGUUUGCCUCCCGCACAAGCAUAUCUUGGACUCUGCAUUCUUCCUUUGGAGGUUACUGGGGAGGGGACUUUGCCACCAUAUCAGCCCAAGGCAGUGGGAAUGUCUAUGGGGUGUGUGUGUGUGUGUGUUUCACGCAAACACACACAUACACUCACUUUAUUCAUUUUGAAAAGCCAGAAAAUGUACAACACUGUACGCUAGGAACUUCCCAAAAUGCUUAGUUUAUUAAAUACAAUAAUCACAUUUAUCAGAUUAUAAUUGCAGCCUUUAUAACCAUAAUCGUAAUAAUUUAUUAGUUAUAUGCUAACUAAUCUGACUCGGUUGCCCCAGCCACUCUGGGCAGCCCCCAACAAAAACAGUAAAGCACGACACAACAUCAUGCACCAAAAACCUCCCUGCCUUCAGGUAGCCUCUUCUCUGAAAGACUCUUCUCUGGUUGACACACUGGCUGACAAGAGAACAGUAGACGCAACCCGCAGCGCCGCAUCUGCACAGGUGCGGGUCGCGAUUUGGUGCUUCUGGGUUCGGUAUUUCCGGGUUCGGCGCUGUGCGCAACCCGAAAUCGCACAACCUGAAGCGUCUGUAACCCGAGGUAUGACUGUACUCAGUUCUGGGCUGCAUGGAUAAACAGCAUCUUAUGUAGGAAGGCUGCUGUCCGCACGAUACAUUUAAAGCAGUAUCAUACCCCUUUAAAAAGUCGUGGCUUUCCUGCAAAGCAUCCUGGGAACUGCAGUUAGGAGACCCCUGUUCCCCUUGCAGAACCACCGUUCCCAAAGUGGUUCAGCCCUCCUCCCCUGGGAAGUAUGGGAGCUGCAGCUCUGGGAUGCGAGGGAAUAGGGGUCUCAGCACCCUUAAACUACAGCUCCCAGGAUUCUUUGGGGGGAAACGGCGACUGUUCAAAGGCAUAUGACGCUGCUUUAAAGGUAUAGCGCGGGUGGGGCCUCAGUCCAGCUGUUCAAGCUCCUCUCUAGCGCCUGAAAUUUCAGCAGGUGGCCAUGAGGACUAGGCACUUGAGGAAGGGAUGGGGUAAGGUGGGGGGUUAGAAGUUGAGAUUUCCUGGGACGCUGAAUCUGCCACCUGUACAGCAUUCUGUUCUCCCACGAACCUCUCCUGAGAUACACCCCCAGCAACGCUGCCUUUCGGGUUUUGGCUUAAAAGAGCUUUCCAAGGCAGCUUUGAGCAGGGUUGUGGCAUCUCCCUGAUGACAUCUGCUCUGCAAUACAGUGGUACCUCGGGUUACAUACGCUUCAGGUUACAUAGGCUUCAUGUUACAGACUCUGUUAACCCAGAAAUAGUACCUCCGAUUAAGAACUUUGCUUCAGGAUGAGAACAGAAAUCGUGCUCCGGUGGCGCGGCGGCAGCAGGAGGCCCCAUUAGCUAAAGUGGUGCUUCAGGUUAAGAACAGUUUCAGGUUAAGAACGGACCUCUGGAACGAAUUAAGUACUUAACCUGAGGUACCACUGUACUGUCCCAUGGACACCCCCAAACCUCGUGAGCCUGCACAGAGCAGUUUCCUGCUUCUUUCAUGUGAGCGUUUCCCAGCAUUCCCUGAUUUCCAGACCCCACCCCACCCUGCUUUCCAGCAUACGCCAUGGCUCGGACUGUCCUGGCUAAUUCCCUCUUUGUCACUGAACCGCAGGUCUCAUUCCCAAGAAGAGGGGUCCUCCGGCAUCUGCCUGUGAUGGAGUACACGGUAAGGCCGGCUGCCUCUCCCUUUCCUGGGUGUGGUGGAGGGCUGGCUGGCUGGAGCGGUGGCAGGUCAGCCCUCUGUGUCCCCUCCCUUCCCUCUCUUCCUGGUGGCGUUGAUCGUGGUCUCUCUUCAUUCAUUCAUUUUAUUUCCUUUUCCACACACGGGGGGGGGGGGGAAAUCACACUCGGAAAGGCUUACAGCAAAGAAAGUAGGGGUGCAUUUCAAAAUCAAACACUGGGGAAACAAUUUCAUACCAACAUAAUAAAGCAACAACUCGACAGCAAAUAUCACAGCCCACAAAACAAUAGCAGCAUUUUGAUACUGUAGUUAUAACCAAGUUACAUUAACAGCGUCCAGAAAUAGCAAGGGAGCUUGACAGUCUCACCUUGGUCCUAAGAACACAUCACCUGUGACUUUCCUCGCUGUUGUUCCCCUGCAGCAACUUGCAAGCAGUGUUAGAAACUCAGAAACACAAACUAAGUGCCAAAUGGCUCCUUAAACCAAGUUUGCAGUCACCAAAACGGAAUGUCUAGUUGCCAUUUUGGGGCAAGACGGGUCUAAAGUCUUAUUUUUCAGAUGACUGACUGACUGUGAUUGAUUCUCAGUUAAACAUCUGGUUAGUUCAGAUGACAACCUUGAGCUUGGUUAAGAGCUUUGAGAACUUAGAAGCCCCUUGGUCCAGGGACAGUCCACAUAUAUAUUGGCCUAUUCUGGGUUUUUUUAAAAAAAAUAAUCUUUAUUGGUUUAAAAUCAACACAUACACACAAAGAACAUUUAGGGGGGGAAAGCAAAGAAGAAAACAAAAAUAAAACACACAAAGAAAUAGCAAAAUUAUACGAAAGAAAAAAUAUACAAUAUAUAUUGUCCCAUUCUGAACUCUUUUUCUUUAUGGUGGCAUGGACCAUUCAUAACGUAGGCAUGUUCUUCACAACUGGGAGCAGGGCAGAGGGGUGGGGUAAGUGAAGCCAAGCUACAAUAAUUAAUUAUAACGUUUUUCAUUGCUCCUGCUCAGGCUGCACAGAAAAAGCAUUUUGGUUCCCAAUAUUCUUUCCGAUUGUGCAGAUAAAAUAUAACUGAUAGAAUUCUACAGGAUGGGGUGUUAGUGUGUGAAAACAGUCCAGAUCCGAAGAUCUCCAGGCUUGCACCUCCAGAUGGUGGAGACACCAGGCGCCAUCCUCGCACCCAGGCAUCUUCCCUUGAUCGCAAGUGGUCAAUAGCCAGGUGCAAAAUGCUCACGGCGCAUUUCAAACACUGCUUCCAAAGCUGGAAACAGUCCCCUCCCCCUGCAUGAUUCUGCUCCUCCUCUGAUCAGGGGAUAUGACAGCAUACAAGCUUUUCUAGGCUGGUGGGACUUGUUGUUCAGCAGCACUCGGAGGGCCAAAGGUUCCCUGCGCCUGGCGCAUGUUAUCAAGGGAGACGGCAAGGCAUGAAUCUAGGGAGGCGGGAGCCUGUGACCUUUCUGAUGCUCCGUGCAUGUUAUCCUGACCUAAUAGCACAGAAACGAAAUGGAAAUUUAUAACUGGGGCAGAAACGAAAUGGAAAUUUAUACCGGUAAUUGGGGCAAAGGCCCUAACCAAGUCACAAACUGAAAGUGGGUUGCAAAGUUUGUGCAAACGGGUUGCAGGCUUUGCAAGUAAACCCCAAAUUAUUACUGCAUGUGAUCUUUAAGGGGCGCGGUGAGCACCCCUUACAACUCUUUGUUUUGUUGGUGAAUUGUAAUGCUGUUGUUGACUGCCUUUAUUGUGGCCAGUACCACCAGAAAAAAACAGCGCUCCCUUGAUUCUUUGCUGGCUUCCAAUGCUCUGCGCUGCAGCGACCCCACCUUGUGGCUAAAUGAGAACAUCGCUGCUCAGCCCUAAACACUUAACAAAGGAAGACAUGUAUGGGUGCGAAUUUCACAGGGACUAGCAUCCUGCUGCCUGAGAUUUGGCAGGUGGUUUCCAGAGUGAAUAUGUGAGCCCCAUAUGUGAGCUGUCCUCUUUCCCAGUUCUCCCUCUUCUUCAAGGCCUUCUUCCUCCUCUCCAAGACAUCUCUGCCUUCUGCCACCUCCUCCGUCCUUCCCACCCACCUUGCAUUUUUUAACCCGCCAGCUAACAUUUCUGUCGGCACUCUGAUCAGACCACGGGUCGACCAGUCGGACCACGCUGGCUGUUCAGUCUCGCUCAUUAUUGCCUACACUGGGUUUCAAAUGGCAAGUUUCCCACCUGGAGAUCUUGCGGGUGGAUCCCAGGACCUUUUGCAUCCGAAGUGGGUGCUCUGCCACCGAGCUGCGCUCUAUCUCCUAGUAACAGAAGUUCCUAGCCAUCGUGGUUUGGAAAAAGCAGAGGUCCCGGUCCCUAAGGAAGUCAGAUUAUCCUCCACCAAGGCCAGGGCCUUCUCAGUGAUGGCUCCGACCUGGUGGAAUGAUCUGUCCCAUGAGACCAGGGCCCCGCAGGAUUUAACUUCCUUCCACAGGGCCUGUAAGACAGAGCUAUUCCGCCUGGCUUUCAACUUGAACUUAGCCUGAUCUUUUAUUCCCCUUCCUUCCCUCCCCCUCCCCUUUUUAUGAAGUUUACCCGCUCUGGUAUCCCACAGCUAAUUCUCCCCUGGUCUCCUCGCUGGCCCAAAUAGGACUAAUUUAGCCAGCUAGCCAUGGUGAUCAUCUAAUGUUUAUUGGAUGGAUUUCCCCCCUAAAUUGAUUUUUGAUUGUUAUUCACGUUUUAUACCGUCUUUUAUGCUGUUUUUGUUGCAUCAAUUAAGUGUUUUAAAUUUGUUGUUAGCCGCCCUGAGCCCGGUUUUCUGAACCGGGAAGGGCAGGGUAUGAAUAAAAAUUUAUUUAUUUAUUUAUUUAUGAUUUAAACAGUAGCAACUUUCUGGGGUUUCUGGGCAGGAGACACCCUGAAGAAUUGAACCUGCGACUUUCUGCACCCAGAGCUUGUGCUCUAACCACUGAGUGCUUGCCCUUCCCCCUUAGCCUUAUGGUAGGAGAACCCCCUCUCCAGGAAAACUUUAUCCCCAGACAAGAAACCACCUAGAAGGGCCAGGCUGCUGCGGAUAUGGCUGCUCUUUCCGCCCCCUCCCAAAGCCCCUAUAGGAACGAGACCCAGAGGGGCCUCCCACACAGGGUGUGCCUUCCUGCCUCCCUGGCCCCCAGGGUCCUUGAACUGGGGCCGAGAGGCCAAAGGCACAUCCGCUAGCCUUGUUCGGGGAGGGAGAGCAUUAUUUAACCUUCCCUCCUCCUCCUCCCGCUUCUUCCCUCUUUCAGGUCUUUGGGGGUCUCAUGAUCCUGCCUCCCUCUUUCUUUCGGCGGAAGGAGCCCACGGGUGAAACUCUGCCUCCUUCCUCCCCUUGAAAGCUUCCUUUUUUAUUUAUUUAAAGGAACUGGUUCCAGUCCACAGUCCAACGUGUUUAAAAGAAAAGGAACUUCCACCCCCCCACCCAGUUCAUGUUUCUCCCUUUGCAGGACGAACCGGAUCAGUUCGUGUUCCGUUCAGGGGAGGGGAGGCCAACCAAAAUGAUCGGGGGGGGGGAGAGGAAUAACGUUAGUCAGAGAUGAGGAGACAGAAGGUGAUUAAAUUUAUGCAUGCCACGGAGAAAGUGGAUUGAGCAAAAGUUUUUCCUCCCUCUCUUAUAACGCUCAAACUCUCAGGGAUGCCCAAUGAAGCUGAAAGUUGGAUGGUUCAGCACAGAUAAAGUACCGUAUUUUUUGCUCUAUAAGACUCACUUUUUCCCUCCUAAAAAGUAAGGGAUAUAUGUGUGCGUCUUAAGGAGCGAAUGCAGGCUGCUCGGCUAUCACAGAAGCCAGAACUGCAAGAGGGAUUGCUGCUUUCACUGCGCAGCGAUCCCUCUUGCUGUUCUGGCUUCUGAGAUUCAGAAUUUUUUUUUCUUGUUUUCCUCCUCCAAAAACUAGGUGCGUCUUGUGGUCUGGUGCGUCUUAUAGAGCGAAAAAUACGGUACUUCUUCGUGCAGCGUGUUGUUAAACUACAGAAUUCCUUCCCACAAGAGGCAGGGAUGGCCACCAGCUUGAACCCUGGCCUCUCCCUGAUCAGAGGCUUAAAACAUUUAAAACACACACACACACACUGGUAUAAGAAUGGUUUAAUUUCUUUUUCCUGAUAAUUUUGAACUUUCAUCUUAAAGGCCCAAAUCAUAUAUACAGUGGUACCUCUGGAUGCGAAUGGGAUCCGUUCCGGAGCCCCGUUCGCAUCCUGAAGCGAACGCAACCCGUGUCUGCGCGCGUGUGGGUCGCAAUUUGCCCCUUCUGCGCAUGUGUGUGACGUCAUUUUGAGCAUCUGCGCAUGCGCGAGUGGCGAAACCUGGAAGUAACGUGCUCCAUUUCUUCCGGGUCGCCGCGGAGCACAACCCGAAAAGGCUUAAUCUGAAGCGACUUCAACCCGAGCUAAGACUAUGUGUGUGUGUGUGUGUGUGUACACAUACAUGUACACACACAAAUACAAAUACACACACAGAGUAAGAAAUGAACUAGAAAUUGUUCCAAGCUUUGCCCCCAAAUGGACUUAAUCAGUUCCCCCAGCGAUUUGGUGAACUUCACCCAAGCGUUGCCUCCUCUUCCACCUGGGCUUUUGACCCCUUACGAAAUACCAGCACCUAGUGUUUAUAUCUGUCUUUCUAACACUGUGACUGGCCUGAUCCGACAGCCAGGCUCGUCAUCUUAGAGGACUAGACAAAUUCAGGGAGGAUAAGGCUCUCGGUGGCUGCUGGCCAGCGUGGCUACAUCCUUCCUCCGUGGUCAGAAGUGAUAUGAAUGCCAGCUGCUGGCCGUUGCAAGUGGGCAGAGUGGCUGUUGCACUCAGGUACAGCUUGCUGGCUUCCUUUAGGAGUAUCUGUUUGGCCAAUGGGAAGGCUGGGCUAGAAGGUCCUCUGGCCUGAUCCAGGAGGGCUUUUCUUUUGUUCCCAUGAGUGGCAGGGAGGGAAGGAGGGCUCUUGCCUGUGGACUUCCUGGAGGAAUCUGGUUGGCCCCUGUGAGAACAGAAUGCUGGCUUCCAGCGGGCCUUUGACCUGAUACCAGGAGCCAGGGUCUUCUGAUGUUCUUGCAUACAUAGCAGUACAGUGGUACCUCAGGUUACAUACGCUUCAGGUUACAGACUCCGCUAACCCAGAAAUAGUACCUCGGGUUAAGAACUUUGCUUCAGGAUGAGAACAGAAAUCGUGCUCCGGCGGCACAGCGUCAGCAGAAGGCCCCAUUAGCUAAAGUGAUGCUUCAGGUUAAGAACAGUUUCAGGUUAAGAACGGACCUCUGGAACGAAUUAAGUACUUAACCCGAGGUACCACUGUAUUGUUGAUCAUAGGCCAUGCUGGCUGAUGGGAGUUGUAGUCUUAACAUCUGAAUGGCACAAACUCAGAGAAUCCUAGAAUUGUAAAGUUGCAAGGGACCCAAAGGAUCAUCCACUCCAACUUCACCCUGCAAAACAACAACAACAACUUGGCAAAGGCUGGUUUAUACCUUCCUCCUGGAGUGAGGGAAUUCGGUGCUUAAUUAUGGGAUUAAAAACCGGGAUUUUAAAAAUGCAGGUUAGCAUGCGUUUGCCGACGGAGUGGGUGGGUUUUGUGAGUAGUGCAGCUUGACUCUGUGGGCUUCAAUGCCUAGGAGCUCACAAACCUUUGUCUAACAGAUAAUCUUGUUAUCGGAUCCUGCCCCCCAUUUUUAUUGUGAGGAUUUGUAGUGGUGAUUUCGAGAAUUGCUUUGUCUGUCUGGAAUCGUUGUGACGAAGGGAACGCUCUAGCGCUAAGAGACCAAGGCUACAAGCGGAACCCGCCUUUAUCUGGGAGGAAGCCCCCUUGGAUUCGGCGGGACUUGCUUCUGAGUAGGCCUAGGUGGGGCGGCAGCCUGAGUUGUGUGUGAAGCUUGACUCUCCUUUCGAAUCUUGCUUCUUGCAGAUUACCUGGACAAAGCCUUUCUUUGCUUCUCUCUCUCUCUCUCUCUCUCUUUCUCUGUCCAGGUGCAAGGAAAUUAACAGUGGCCUACCUUGCAGGGUGUUGUGUCAACUUUUAUAUCCUAAAGCAUUAACUAAGAAAGAGGGAGGGUGGGUUCCCCUAUGCCAUAAAGAACUCCAUGUAAAACCAGAGGUGUUGUCAAGUCAGGAGUGUGGAUUCAGAUGAGGAGUGGCCCAUAUUAGAUCAGGACCCACCUUGCUCUGCAACCGGUCCCCAUUCUCUCCUCUUCACCCCCUGCUCUUCCUUCCUGUGCCCUGCCUCCCCCCUCUCCCCGCUGUGCUCUUCCCACCCCCCCUCCAGCCUAGCUGCCGGAAAAACCUCCCUUCGCUUCCCUGUGCAACCACUGACCUUGAUUUUCACAAGUGUUUGUGUGCUGCCGCUCCAGCUCUCUUCCCCCACAAGGCCCCACCUCCCUCCCUCCGCAUUUUAUUAUACAGAUGCCUUGUCUUCCUUUCCGCACAUGGGGGGGGGGGGGCAGAAGCUCUUGUGAGUCAGCACUGCCCUACCAUUGGCAGUGGGGGCUUGGCCUCUCUCUCUCUCUCAUUCCACCGCACCCCCCCUACCCGCCCGCACCCGCGCCCGCCUCUUCCCCAGAACGGGAGCCGCAGUCACUUAGAGCCCAGCAGAGAUUGCGAGCAGGAUGCGGUAGCAAUUAGUGUCUCUCUGCUCUGGAAGCAGCAACAGCAGCAGCAGCGACUGCAGCCGGGAAGAGGGGAGGAGGAGGUGUGGGGAGAAGAGCCCAGAUCGGGGCUGCCUGCUGGUUCCCGAAAGCAAGGGGGGCUCGGAUUCCGCCUUCGCCCCUUUGACCAGCCGGGUGCAGGGGGGGCCACCACCCGUUUCCCCUCCUCUUCGGCUCCCGGCGUGUUCCCAGACCUCCAUCUCCCCGAGAGAGGCAGGCCGGCGUCUGCCCACUGAUUGACACGUGGGCUCCUGUGACUUCACAGAGGAGCCUUGUUCGGUUCCUGGCAGACCCUGCGGCCGCGCCACCUCUCCGGUCCCUGCCAAGCUGGGCCCAGCUGGAAGGCGCUCCAGGGCCUCCCUGCUCUUGGAUAAUAAUUUUUCUCCUUUUCAAAUACAUCUAUAUACAUUGCGCAUCCGUUCAGCGGAGCGGCAGGCGAGCUCGAGACCAGAGCAUCCGCCGUUCUGGACGUCGUCGACCGCUUUCUGCAUCUCAGUUGUCUUUUUUUCCUCUCUCUCUCUCCUGGGCUGUGUGAGACCUGGUGGCGGGGCGUGGGGUGCCUGUGGCCAAGAGGACGUGACAGGACCUUUGGCAAGCAGCCCUGGGGCAGGGCGGCCGUUCCACAGGUGGCGUGACGGCUCUCCAGGGCGUGUGCCAGCCACUCCUCCCUCCCGGCCAUCGCUCCGGCCUCAGGGACUAGCCGGCGGCCUCUCCCUCUUCCUCUGGAGCGCAGCAAAGCUGUCCAAGGGUCGCUGGUCAUCUGGCGGCGUUGUCAGGGGCGGGGGGGGGGCACGGAGCAACGUCUGCGCCCUGUGACGACGACGGUCUUUCACCUGUGGCACAGUGUCCCUGCUUCCGCUGCCCUUCUUGUGCCAACACCUCUCUUCUCUGCAGCCAUGCCUACAGGGGGCCGGACAGGAGUCGUCUCGCUCGGAUCCGUUCUGACUUUCGUGGGCUCCUGAGUUUGGUGCCAGGCCCGCACACCCUCGCCAUCUCCUGCUUCUUCCCCCCCGGCGCCUUGGUUUCGUCCCGUCUCCUCCGCCGGUUUGGGGCAUGGAUCUGCUGCAAAAGAGCAAAUACAACCACUUGCGCAAUGACUCCCUUUCCUCCCUGGAGGAGGGCUCUGUGGCGGCCGAUGGGGACUCUCCCGUGGACCCCCUGGUGGCGGCCCCCUCCCUGCCCAGCUCGCUGUCCUCCUCCUCGCUCAGCCCCAUGCUCCCCCUGGGCGAGCUGUCGUCCGAGUCGGAAGACAGCCCCACCACCCUGUGCUCCUUCUUCCCCAAGAUGGCCAACCUGAAGCUGGCCAACCCGGCCACUCUGCUCAGCCUCCGUGCCUUCUCCAAGGAGGCGGGCAGCUCCGGGGAGCAUCCGCCGCCAGCGGCACCACCACCACCACCUCCUCCUCCCCCCCUCGCUCCUGUCGCUGCCUCGACUCCCUUCCCGGACUCAGCGGGGACUGUCGGUCUCUAUUCCCAGGAUAUGAACAAGUUGGGCUGCGCCAAGAGGAUGCGGGUGGAAGGCGGCCAGCUGGGGGGAGACGAGUGGACACGGCACGGCAGCUUCGUCAACAAGCCCAGCCGGGGCUGGCUGCACCCUGACGACAAGGUGAUGGGCCCCGGAGUCUCCUACCUCGUCCGGGUAAGUGAGCGGCGAUCGCGGGGGGCGGUAGGUAGUUCAAGGCAUUUGUGGGUGCAGCGGUCUGGCAGCAAGUCCCAAUCGCUGGGAACCCUGAUUGGUUGGGACGCGUAUCUCGGCCAGGGAUGGGGAACCUAGUGGUCUUCUAGAUGUGGCUGGACUCCAACUCCCAUCUGGCUGUGCUGGCCGGGAUCAAAAGGGGUCAGAGUCCAGUGGCACGUGGAGGGGCCAGCCCACCAUGGAGUCGCUGGUUGGCAACUAGCAGGGUCGGUAUGGGAAAGUGGGUCAAGAGCUUUUCCCCCCGUCCUAGUUCAGCGUGUUACUUGGGGUGCACUGAUUGGCCAUAGCUGCCUUUCCCCGCUUUCACACACCCCUCUGUUGCUGUGGGGUGGGGGGAUAGUUGAUCCCACUGAGAGAGGGCCUCGGAUUUGAUCUUGGGGGUCUCCAGCUGCCAAGACCUAAUGUGCAGGGGACAUACUUUGCUGAAGUACGUCUGUGUGUUUGUGUGUGUGUUGGCAGUGCCUCUUGAGCUAAGAAAACAGCGCCUCUCCAGAGCAUACAGAAAGCCUCUUUUCCAUAGCUGGGAACAGGGUAGGUGCUUCCACGUGGAGAGAGGGCGUGCAUGACCUACAUAAGUUGGGAGAGGGCUGUCGCUCCGCAGUAGAGCAUUGACUCUGCGUGGAGAAGGAAGGCCCCAAUGGCAUCUCUGGGUAGGGCUGGGGGGGACUGUCCCUUCUGAAGCCCUAGAGAGCAGCUGCUGCCAUUCAGCACAGACAGUAAAGACCUAGAUGAUCUAAUGAUGUGAUUCUGUAUGAGGCAGCUUUUGAAUUCGGCUUCGCAUCUUUCUUGGUUCCUAGGAGGACAGUGGCUUGAAGGUAGAACCACUGCUUUGCAUGCAGAAAGUUCCAGAUUCAAUCCCCAAGGGUUGUCUCCAGGAAUGUUCCCUGCCUAAAACCCCAGGGAGCCGCUGCCAGUUGGUAUAGAUAAUGCAGAGAUAGAUGGCCUGACUCUAUAAGGCAGCUUCCUAUAUCCAUACAACGCAGGUCAGGGCAUCACUGCUAUGAGGAAGGCGACCUGCUGCAUCAAUCCCCAGCAUCUCCAGGUAGAAUCAUGAGGACUAGAAUCUUCCUGUCCCUUUUCAAAGGCAAGGCUAUAGCUUGACUGAGGGAGCACAUGCAGCGUUAGAAACUCAGACAUACAAGCUAGACAACAAAUGGCUCCUCAAACCAAGGUUGCAGUCGCCAAAACGUAACGUCUAGUUGCCAUUUUGGGGCAAGACGGGUCUAAAUUCUUGUUUUUCAGAUGAUUGACUGACUGUGAUUGAUUCUCAGCUAAGCAUCUGGCUAGUUCAAAUGUCAACCCUGAGCUAGGUUAAGAGCUUUGAGAACUUGAAGAAGAAAAGUCGCUUGACCCAGGGACAGUCCACAUGUAUAUUGGCCUCUUUUUCUUAAUGGUGACUGCUGCUGCUGCUCAGGCUGCACAAAAAAAGCAUUUUGGUUCCAGAAAUUCAUUCCGAUUGUACAGAUAAAAUAUAACGGAUAGAAUUCUACAGGAUGGGGUGCUAGUGUGCGAAAACAGCCCAGAUCCAAGGAUUUACAGAUGGCGGAGAUGUCAGGCACCAUCCAGGCAUCUUCACUUGGUCACAAGUGGUUGAAAGCCAGGUGCAAAAUGCGCCUGGAUAAUUUCGAACACGGAGCACGUGCCUCACACACGGAUGGUCUCAGUUACCAGCAUCUCCAGGUAGAGCAGGGAAUAUCCCCUGCCUGAAACCCCAGAGAACUGCUGCCAGCCAGUGUAGACAGCAUUGAGCCAGAUGAACCAGUGACCUAAGUCUCUGUAUGAGGCACCUUCCUAUCUUAACUUGUCAUUUCGAGACGGGAGCUGUUGAAAAGGCCACCGAGGAGAGUUCCUGCUGUUCCCUUCAGCCCUCCUCCCCGUCUCCCAAGAAAGGCAGCACCGCAGAGAAUCCUGAGCAGGGGCCACAUCUUACUCUAGCCUCUUUGUGCAGAAAUGGGGGGGGGGGGCUUUUCUCCCCACAGAGGCUGCCAGCCAGCCAGGCCCACCCAGCAUAGCUGCGACGGUGUGGCCUCCCCGGCAGGCAUCUGUCCCGGGUCUUCUGCUCUGCCACAUGAUUGCUUCUGACAAGCGUGCGCCCGAGUGUCCAUCCCCCGGGCCACAGCGCACAUGCGCCAGGCGCAUUGAGUCGGCCGGCAUUCCUCUUCCACUUCCCCCGCCCCCCCUUCCAAGCCUCUGGCUGUGAUGACCGCCAGCCCCAGAUCUCUGCUUUGGGAGGCUGGGGCAUCCCUCUGUGGUUUGGCGGAGUCCAGGGAUUGGUCAGCCCAUUGCUGCUGGUCCAGGUGUGCGCCAGAGGAGACCUCUGAAUCUUCAUGCUGCUUGCAAGCUGCUCGGAAGCUGAGAUUAUCUGGCAGGAAGGUCGUUCCACCCACCCACCUGCCCCAGGUAAAUGGUAGGUCUUGGUGAUGUCUUGAUACAUCGCCCAGGACUGGUUUGAGGGCCUGAGCACGAUGGCACUUUCACCCACGAUGUACCACCAGGUGAAGGCUCCAUUGCGCUCUGGCCCUCAAACUGAGGGAGGAAUAAGCAGCAAGGUGCCGUGGCUGAUGGAGCCCGUUUGUCCCUCGGUGCGCUGAGUGCUAGUGGUGGAAGGACUUCUGCCAGCGCCUUGCAUGUGGAGGAACGAGCCCCACAAGGCUGAUAUUGUCGCUGCUCCCGCUGAGGAAGUUGAGGCGGUUUCACCUUGGUGCCUCGUGGGGCCGUGCCCAACGCAGCUUGUUCCUCCCAUCGCUUUGCAACGCUGCAGUGUAUCACUAUAUCGCGAUGUCUGGCUGGUGUUUGCCCAACUCUAGUGAACGGAACAGGCUGCCUUGCAUGUAAAGCGCAACCAGAAAUGCUAAAUAAACAUUCCCCUGAUGGCGUGCAGAGUGCAUACCUUGCUGUUCCCCCAUUGCGUGGUCUGAAGUUGAGUCCGAACUGUCGAGUCAGACCAUUGCUCCACCAAGCUUAGUAUUGUCACACUGGCUGGCAGCAACUCCAAGGUUUCAGGCAGGGGUUUUUUCCCCAGUCCUACUCGGAGGUGCCGUUGGGGAUUGAACUUGAGAUAUUCUGCAAGCGAAGCAGAUGCUUUACGACUGAGCUGUCCCCCUUUCCCUGAAAAUAAACCAAGAUUCUAGUCCUCAUGUUUCUGAUUCAAUAGGAACAUAGGAAGCAGCCUUAUAGCAAGUUCGUCCAUCUCACUCUGGAUUGUCUACACUGACCGGCAGCAGCUCUCCGGGGUAUUUCCCCAGCCCUACCUGGAAAUGCUGAGGAUUGAACCCGAUACACCUUCUGCAUACAGAGCAGAUGUCCUACUGCUACCCAGACUCCUUUUAACGUCUGACGCCACACUGCACCUUUCCCCCAACCCUGGACUUGAGCCUCACUGAAACCUUUGUCUGGUGAGGGGCACAGCCGUGUCACUGGGGGUGUCUUUGCCCUCGGUGCCCCAGUGCCGACUCUGUACAGAGAACGAUUGGUUGUACCCUUAACGGGAGAAGGUAAGCAGCAGGAUCCGGAUCUCCAGUCCAUGUUUUCUCGACCACCAUUGCUGGUACAAGACAGGAAGGGGGCCGGUUUUCCAAACCCCCCUCCUUUUCCUUCCCCUGCCCUUAUAUCCUUUCAGAUUUAUGCGGAAACAAAUUCACACGCAAACCCCUGCAACCCACCCAGGGGAACGCCUCCUUUCAUGCUCCUUGCCUGCUUCCUGCUGUGAUCUCCAGGGUCCGUUUCGAGACUGAUGUCUUGGAGGCAGCUGUGGCUUGGUGGCAGGACACUUGCUUGGCUUGCAGAAUGUCCCAUGUUUAAUUCUUGCCAUCUCCACAUCGGGCUGGCAGAGGUGCCCUGCCUGAAACCCUGGAGAGCCGCUGUCAGUCAGUGUUGACAGUGCUGAGCUCGAUGGACCAAUGUGUUCCUGUCGAUUCAGCAUCAUGAGGACUGGAAUCUUACGGUUAUUUUUAAGGAAGGCCAUAGCCCAGGGGCAGAGCACAUGCUUUGCUUGCAGAAGGCUUGAUCCCCGGCAUCUCCAGGUAGGGCUGGCUAUGUCCCCCUCUGCCUGAAACCCUGGAGAGCUGCUGCCAGUCAGGGUAGACAGUAUUGAGCUGGAUGAACAUCUGAUCUGACUCGGCGCAAGGCAGCUUCCUGAUUUCCGAAUCGCCGCUCCGCUACAGAGACCGAGCCUUAAACGUCCUUGGCUUAACCUACUCCGUAGGGUGGAGACUCGGCAGGAGGACAAGUUUGCUGCCUCUGAGUGCCCGGGAGGGUGGCAGAGGAUUGGAAGACGAACAGUGCCCUGAGAGCGUUCAGAGACAGGGUCUGGCGAGCAACACUUGCGUUGCCACUUCCCCUUCUCUGACUCAUACUGGUAGCCUCGCCUUGCUGGCGUCGCUGAAGUCUUUGUGUAUUCCCACCGCACACAGCCGGCCUGGCAGGUGCCCAGUGGCACAUCCUGUGCCAGCUGCUUGCCCCUUCCGCCCUCUUUGCUGUCUGUUCUUCAGCCCAGCUGGCGAUUGUGCCAACGGAUCUCUCCUGUUCCCUGUUCCACGAGCAGCAACAGAAAGGCUGCAGCUCGGUCGGCAGAGCACCUGCCUUGUGUCCAGAAGGUCCCAGGUAGGGCUGGGAGAGACUCCUUUUCUGAAACCCCGGACUGCUGCUGCCGGACAGUGCAGACAAUACUAGAUGGAUGGACCCAAUGGUCCAAGGCAGCUUCCUGUGUUGCUAACCAGCUGGAAAUGCCACUUUGUGAUCAGGACCAGGAGAGGCUCUUUCUCACAGGCUCUGCUGUGUGUGUGAGGUCGUGGGAGCUGGGUUUGCUUUAUCCAGAUGAAGGAUACAGUGUGUGUGUGUGUGUGUGUUUGUUUCUCUGGGUGUAGAAACUAGCUCACUGCACAGAGGUAUAAUUCGCAUCCGUUCCUCCACCCACUUCAGAGAUGAGUCGGGUUGGUGAGGAGUCGCGGGUCUCUCCCCGUCCCACUGCGACAAGCUCCCAUCCCGCCUGGUCUCCCAGAACCAGAAGAGGCAUGAAAAGGGCAGAGUGGUGGCAGGCUGCAUGCAGGCACAGUUUCUGAUUGCUUGGGGAAAUCCCUGAAGAGAAGGGGGCUUAGGCAGCUGGGGGGAGACAGGGACUUUCAGUCUGGGCAAUUAAUAAUAAUAAUGUUUUAUUUAUACCCCGCCCUCCCCAGCCAAGACUGGGCUUAGGGCGGCUAACACCAGGUAUAAAAACCAAUUAAUUAAAAUACAACUUAAAAACAAGAUUAAAAUACAACAUUAAAAUGCAGCCUCAUUUCAGUAGAAACUCAAAUCAAAAACUUUUUGGGGAUGAAAACGUCAAAUCUUCACCAAGGCCAACUAUCCAGACUAGUCCUACGUGGGCUAGAAAAAAGCCAGGGAAGUCCCCAAAUAGGAGGAGAAAAGAUUUAUGGGGGGAAGACCGACCAGGGAUAAGCUGCUGUGCUCACUAGGCCUGACUGUCAGCCAGUAAAGACUGUGGUUUUACUAAUAGAGUGAGCUCCAAUUUCGGUGUGAUUUACUGCUGGCUCGCUGUACGAUAGGAGGUGGCCUGGAACUGGGCCUUCUCUGUGGCAGCCCCCUAAGUUCUAGAAUUCCCUCCCUGCAAAGGAGCGAGCCUCUGGCAUUCCCACUAUACAGCCUUUGACCCCUGAGAUGGUUGUUUCCGGGGCCCAUCGCCCUAUUCCUAUGGCUGCAUUUGGCAUUAAAUCGUCGUCGCCCUCCCUGGGACCUGCUGGCGGAGGACAGAAAAUAAAUUCAGUGAUGGUGGUGGUGACUAAUAAGGAUAACACUGCAGGUUGGAAGUCUUCCAGGGCCCCUACCUGUCCUCUUGUUCCCUUAGGAAAAAAAGGGGAGAUGAGCAGGGUGGAGGUGGAAGAAUUGAUCCAUAAUAUCUGGAUGAUGGGGAUGAGGGUGAAUGAGAACAGAGGGGACUUUGGGACCUAACAGGCUCUCCCAUUCUUCCUUCUCCCAUCAGUACAUGGGCUGUGUGGAAGUUCUCCAAUCCAUGCGGGCUCUCGACUUCAACACAAGAACUCAAGUCACAAGGUGAGCUGCGCAGUCAUCCGGGGGCCGGGGAUGGUGUGGGGGACAGGGGAGGUCGGACAGGAUAGUUAUGUUGUGCCGCCGCACAGGCUACAAUCCAUCACUCAGGGACACUGACUGGUUGGAUGCAGAGGAACGGUGGGAGGAACCCGGUGGGAAACCCCAAGGGAAGAAGGCUCAGAGCCCUGGGAUUGGUGGUGAGGCGACGAUGCAAGUGGUCAGAGGGAGAAGACCAGAAAGAGGAGGUGUCGGAAGAGGAAAAGGUCACAGGGUUUAGUGAGCUGGAAGAGUCGGUGGCAGAGAGGAGUCCAGAAUCGGAGGCAGGAGAGUGGGAUGAGGGAGGCCAAGAGGCGGAGAUAAGUCAGGCUGGUGAAGAGUCACAGGUGUCUCUCCCACCCGCUGUGAGAAGCUCCCUUCCCCACUUGUCUCCCAGAACCAGAAGAGGCAUGAAAAGAGCGGAGGAGAGGUUGGCUGCACGCAGGCUCUCAGUCUCCGAUUGCUUGGAAAAAGCCCCUGGGGAGGAGGGGGCUUAGGCAGCUGUGAGAAGGCGGGAACCUACAACUGCUUCAUGGGGGCAAGAUGAGUUGCUGUUCUCAUUAAGUCCGACACUCCUAUUCAGACUCUGUUUUUUGCUAAUAAAGAGUUAACUCCAACUCACUUGGGUGAUUGACUGCUGCCUCGUUCCUGUCACUCACUAACUCCUAAAGCAGAAACGCUGUAAGCUUUGAGAGGGUGUGUCCCAUUGUGUCUCUGCGUGAGUUGCCACUCUGGGCUUACUUCCUUUCCAUAUCUGCCUGUGUGUGUGUGUGUGUGUGUGUGUGUGUGUGCAGAAUUCUGCUGUACCUCUGCACCGUACUGGGUAUGGCUGCAUAGGGAGCAUUGAGACGAUCAAGACACAUGUCUCUACAUGAGUUGCUGCUUUGUGUUUGCCUCCUUCCAAUCUGCAUUUUCUUGGUGGAGGUCAUUUAGCUUGACGGUGUGAUCCGAUAGUCUUUCCUGCCCUCAGAGGAGGCUGCCUGUUGUAUCUCUGGAUGAGUUCCUGCCCCGGGUUUCCUCCUGCCACCCGGCACCUGUUGGGGAGCCGAUUUUGUGGCGCCUCUGCAUCGGCUGUGUAUUGGCUCAGCCAGUCACUCCCAAUGCAGAAACACUGUGGAAUUACCCACUGUCCGGGGAGGCUGCCUGUUGUGCCUCUGCAUGGGACACUGUCCUUCCAACCAGGCUUUGCUGGGCGCCAAAUAAUUCUGUGAUGCCUUUUCAUUGGCUCAACCUGUUGUCCCAGUGCAGAAACGAUGUAGAGUCACCCACCAUUAAAGGAGGCUACCUGUUGUGUCUCUGGGCGAGGUGCUGCCAAGUCAUUCUGUGUUGCAUCUGCAUUGGAUGCAAACUGGGCCCUUGGUGGAGCAAGAUAAUCUGCGUCUCCCCCACCCCUGUUAAUUAAAUCCCAAGAACCAAGCCUGUAAUACCCGAGACUCAGUAAUAAUAUUAAUAAUAAUUUUAUUACUUGUACUCCGCCCAUCUGAUUGGCUUGCCCCAGCCACUCUGGCCUUGGGAAGCCAAAACCGGUUGCAGAGGCCAGCAGAGAGGCAGGCUGCUCCAGCUCAUAUCCUUAGCAGCAGCAGCAGGAAAUAGUUAAAGCUGAGUUGGAGGGGGAGCAGAGAGGCAUGUGUCUCUCUCUCUCUGUGUGUGUGUGUGUGUGCGUUUGCACUGUAAGCCUGUCCAUUACCGGGCAGACGCAGGGUCUGGAAAAAGGUGACCGGAGGGAGCAGCCAGCAGGAGAUGGAAAGGCUUCAGCAGCCAGGCCUCAAGCCUGCCAUCAGCGGCCGGCGUUGUUGUUUUUUUUAAUAAAAAAAAAUUAAUCCGCUAAAGACAGGAAGCGUUUAUACAGCAUCAUCAAAUAUUAACAGCUCUCGCUCGAUUUCUUCCCCCACGUCCUCUUCCAUCCUUGCUCUGCUACCAAGGAGCCGGGAGACACACAAACACACACAAACAAAACCAAACACACUGUGUGUGUUUGUGUGUGCAUGGGCUGUCUGCAGGGGCCACAUGUGGCUCUUUAGCCGGCCCUCGGGACCACACACCCCUCGCCAGGCCACACACCCCCAAUCCGCCUUGCUUUGCAUCCUCUUUGGGUGUUCUUUCCUGCCCGGAAGGCGUCCUUGAGCUCUCGCUUGCGUGGAAGGGUGACCGACGGAUGUGUGAUGUGCGUGUGUGUUUAGAAACCUCUCGACUCUCGGGUGGCUGGCAACGUAGCCUGCUGGGCGAAGGAAACAGAGCAGUGACAGGGCAGCGUCUCGUCCAGAGGUGCCCUCCCUUGAAGAUAAAGGGACCCCUGACCAUUAGGUCCAGUCAUGGCCGACUCUGGGGUUGUGGCGCUCAUCUCGCUUUACUGGCCGAGGGAGCCGGCGUACAGCUUCCGGGUCAUGUGGCCAGCAUGACUAAGCCGCUUCUGGCGAACCAGAGCAGUGCACGGAAACGCCGUUUACCUUCCCGCCGGAGCGGUACCUAUUUAUCUACUUGCACUUUGACGUGCUUUCAAACUGCUAGGUUGGCAGGAGCAGGGACCGAGCAACAGGAGCUCACCCCGUUGCGGGGAUUCAAACCGCCGACCUCCUGAUUGGCAAGCCCUAGGCUCUGUGGUUUAACCCACAGCACCACCCGUGUCCCAUGUGCCCUCACUUAACGGCGGGCAAUUCCACAGUGCUUCUGUACCGGGAGCGAUCGGUUGAGCCAAUGCACACCUGACAUAACAAUACAACGACAGGUAGAGAGUCCUAAGAACCUGGGAAGAGCCCUUGUGGGCGAAUCCAGCAGCCUGUCUGGUCCAACACCCUCUUAUUUAUUUAAUUUAUAUACCGCCCUUCAUCCAAAGGAGUCAGGGUGGUUGGCCCACGCUGGGAAAACAGGCUGCUCAACAUGAUGACAGGUCUUAGUCCUGUUCCGGAAGGGCAGUUCAAUGAAAGAAAAUGGGUGAAAAUGAAAGAAAUGAAAGAAAAAUGAAAGAAAAAGUCUGCCACUUUUUACCAGUGUAUACUGGAGAUUCCUGCAUUUCAGGGGGUUGGAUGAGCCUCCCGGGUCCCUUCCAGCUCCACAAUUAUAAGAUUCUAUACACCCAUCCCUCAUUUCUCCCCUCUUCCUCCAGGGAGGCUAUUGGCCUAGUCUGCGAAGCUGUGCCUGGCGCCAAGGGAGCCGUUCGCAGGAGAAAGGUGAGGUGGACAGAGAAUACUUCAUUGUUUUUCUCUUUGGCUGUCUGUGGUCAAAAUUCGCCCCGUACAUCUCAAGAGCUGCGACGCCACUUUGAAACUAUCAUGGCUUUCCCCCAAAAUACAGCGGUACCUCGGUUUACUAACUUAAACCGUUCCGGAAGUCCAUUCUUAAACCGAAACCGUUCUUAAACCGAAGGCGCGCUUUCCCUAAUGAGGCCUCCAGCCACUGGUGCCCUUUCACCCUUCGGCUUCCGUUCUUAGACCGAGGUAAAGUUCACAAACCAGGACGCUACUUCCGGUUUUGCGGAGUUCGUAAAGCAAAUCGUUCGUAAGCAGGGCUGUUCUUAAACCGAGGUACCACCGUAUUCUGGGAGCUGUAGCUCAUUGCGGGUGCUGAGAGUUGUUAGGAAGCUUCCCUCUUCCUCUCCCAGAGCUGCAAUUCCCAGAGGUCCCUAGGAAACGGGAUUGAUUGUUAAACCACUCUGGGAAUUGGCAGGUAAGGGAAAAUAAAAGAAAAGGGAAAGUUCCCAGGUGAGAGCUGGGACGGUCCACCACUUUCUGUGUGAGACAAGGGUUGAGAGCUACUUUUGAGAGAGAACGCUGCAUUUUCUCUUUCUCUGCUUUUUAAAUUUUUAUUUGGAUUAGUUUCCUUUAUCUUAACCGUAUCACAAAAAAAGCUUUAAUAAAAUCUUGCCAGACUGUAUGUUGCCUUCUGUGCAGCUACAAAUUGGAUUCCUCACGCAAGACAGCCUUCCGCGGUAAUCCAGUGGUAAUCCACUCCCCUUUCAGUGCACUGCAUGGAUAUAGUAUACUGCAGCAGAGAGAGUGAGUUACAACUGCUCCAGUCUAUUAGGGUAUGAUUCUGGGAGCACCCUACAAUAUUUCACAUAUUCAAGGUGUAACCUGUAAAAAUGUCUGUUCUUUUAACCUAUCACUAUUUUCCUGAAAUGGGGGGGAAACCCCCACUGGGAAUUGUUAUCUCUGGGAGGGCAACAGGAGUGGACUGGGUCUCCUAACGAUCCACAGCACCCUUAAAAAUGUCAGAUACCUUUGGGGAGGCCGUGGCUGUUUAUAUUGGCAUUGCGGUGGUUUAAAUCUGUAGUUUGAACAAGGCCUAGUAGUCUGUGCAAAGAUCCCCAAGCAAGCAAGGCAGAACCAACCACAGAGGGCAGAAUAACUCUUAAGGGCUUGUGAUUUGGAUAAAAGGAGCUGGUGUGAGGAUGCGUUCAGCACAUCCCAGCUGGAACAGCAACACUCCCAGAGUGCGAGACGGGUGAGAGCCGCGCGUGCUUUUCAGGAAAGCUUGCACAUGUGUCUGUGCGUGAUUUGAUUUGAGGUCUCCAGCCUCGGCCCCCCCUUUCCCCCUCAGGCUGGGAAAUGGGGACCGAGUUGCUGCAAUAAAGGCCCGGCGCAGGCGAGGCUGAUCAAUAGAUAACCAUAACAGCCCGUCUAAUGGACACGGAGGAAAGUGGAGGGGCAUGCGCAGGGUGGGGAGCUGAGGGGGCCAUUUGGUCAACAGCCCAUCUCCCUUUUGUUCCUUCUGCCCUUCCCAGGCUCACUCUUGCCUCUUCCCGUUCUGCACCCUUCUCCCUGAUCUCUUAGGAACAUAUAAGGAGCUGAUUGAUUGAUUGAUUGAUUGAUUGAUUGCCAAGACUUCCAGCUCAGUUAUGUCUGCGCUGGCUGGCAGCAGCUCUCCAGGGGUUCAAGCAGGGUUCUCUGCCCAGCCCUGUCACCUGCCUUCCUGCCUUACUUAACAGCCAAUCCCAGGGGUCCUUGGCUCUGGCUCCGCCUACUGUGGGCCUCCCACCCCCCAGUCCCAAUGGCUACCAGUCACCCUUCCCGAAUAGGCUUGGGUCUUAGGAACACAGGGAGCUGCCUGAUACACAGAAAUAAAGAUCCUAGUCCUCAUGGUUUUGAACAAGCAGCUGCUUUUAAAUAGAGCCUGCCCUAUUCUGAGCCAUACCAUUGGUCCACCUAGCUUAGUAUUGUCCGCACUGGCUGGCAGCAGAUCUCUAGGAUUGCAGAUUUCAUUCCAGGGCUGGAUUUGAGACCUUUGGAGGCCCUAAGCACUUAAAAGGUUUUGGUGCCCCCGUAGAUCUAAUUCAAAACAGAAACAAUAAUAAACCGUAAAAUAAAUUUUUGAUUUUUCGAAAUGAAAUGAAACCUAUGGCAAGAUGGAAAAUAAUGUUUGUUUUUGUAUACUUCCGCUUGAUUUACAUAUGAAAAAUCUUCUCCUGCUUUUUCUAAUUGCAAAGCCUUUGAUCAGAUCCUUACAUAACACAUCUGCUUCUGUACUUAGUAGAGGUAAGGCAUCCAGCCUGCUUUGUUGCACAGUAGUUCUGUUGGGAUUUUUAAUAUGCUUCAACUGAGAAAAUGGAACACGCAGCCGAGCAAUUUGUGACGGUUAAUGUUAGAAAUCAGGCAAUAGAAAAUUUAUGCAGUAUACUUCCCUUGAUGCCCUAAGCACGUGCUUAUUUUGCUGAUUGGUUAAGCCAGCCCUGUUUCAGGCCCCAUAGCUCAGUGGCCUGUAGAAGUCCCCGGGUUCAGUCCCCGGCAAUCCUGGGAUGUUUUACGAAGAAGGGCCAUCGCUCUGAGAUAGAGCAUGUGGUUUGCACACAGAAAGUCCCAGGUUCAAUCCCGGUCUUCUCCAGCCGGUGCUGCUGCUAACAUCCUUGGGGUGCGUCUCUCUCCCUCUCGACAGCCCUGCGGCCGCUCGCUGAACUCCAUCCUCGGCAAGAGCAACCUGAAGUUUGCCGGCAUGCCAAUCACACUCACCAUCUCCACCAGCAGCCUCAACCUCAUGGCGUCUGACUGUAAACAGGUGAGGAGAUAUCUUCUCUCCCAACCUCCUCCUCCUCCUCUGGGACACACUGUCUAGGGUGGAUACUUGACGGACGAGUGUUGAGGAUUGUGGGCUUAGACAGCCUUCCUCCUUGCAGGUUGUUACCCUCCAGAUGUUGCUGGUCUACAGUUCCCUUUGCCCCUUGACCAUUGGCCAUGCUAGCCUAGCAACAUCUGCUUUACAUGCAUUUAAUGUGUGAUCCCUGAUUGGCUGGGACAUGCAUCUAAGGCAAGGCUGAGGAACCUGCCAGGCAUUGCUGGGCUCCAGCUCUCAUUGUUCCUGACCGCUGGCUGGGGCUGAUGGGAGUUGGAGUCCAGCAACAUCUGGAGGGUCAGACGUUCCCUAUCCCUGAACUGGACCACUGUUUGCCUUCUCUAAGCUCUGAUCACAUUCCUGUCUUAUUCCAAUGUGGGGAAGGGGAACUUGCAUCCCUUCCAGCCACUGCUAGGCCACAUCGGCCGUCAACCAUUGGCCAUGCUAACCGCGUAUGGGGUGCUUCCCAGACAUGGAAUGCACACAGCAAAGAGUUAACUCUGCCCGGAUGCUGAGGUCCAGCACUGAGGGCCUUCUGGCGGUUCCCUCACUGUGAGAAGCCAGGUUACAGGGAACCAGGCAGAGGGCCUUCUCGGUAGUGGCGCCCGCCCUGUGGAACGCGCUCCCACCAGAUGUCAAAGAGAUAAACAACUACCUGACAUUUAGAAGACAGGGAAGUUUUUAAUGUGUGACAUUUUGAUGUAUUUUUAAUCUUUGUUGGAAGCCGCCCAGAGUGGCUGGGGAAACCCAGCCAGAUGGGCGGGGUACAAAUAAUUAAUUAUUAUUAUUGUUGUUGUUGUUGUUGUUGUUGUCUCUUUAUUGUCUAAGAUAACACCUACAGUUGCUUCUACGGCUCUGGAUACCUGCACACACCAAUCUAGCAUCUAGGCAGCUAUUCCCGGGUCAUCGCUCUAGGGGGCGUUGGCAGCAACUGGGGACGACUCCCCCUCCACCAGUUUAUAUACCUUCCCCUAAUGGGCUGUGCGCACUUAGCCAGAGAUUGUCCCUGUGUGGAUGCUGUUUCUGCUCUUCCUGAUUCAGCGCUCUCCUGGUUUUGGGUGACAGUGCUUCAGGGGAGGGUGGAGAAGCACCCAGCCCUUCUCCCGCCUCUGAUUCUUGCCUCCUGGCUGGUACAGGCCCCCACAGACCACUGACCCCCUUCCCCUGGUGCCCACUUGCCAGCGUCCUCCCAGUCCUUGCCAGGGCAUCAAGUCUGCCUUGGGGAGCUAAAAUCUGGCACCCCCAUAAUCCAGGAGAGCUUGACUUUACUGUAAGAAUUUCAGGAGGUUGGGAAGCGGCGGGGAGGAAGUUCAUUUUGUGUUUUUUUGCUGUGCUUUGCGUCUCAUUUUUCCUUCUUCCUUCCCUUCCAUUGUUUAGAUCAUUGCCAACCAUCAUAUGCAAUCAAUUUCUUUUGCUUCCGGAGGGGAUCCGGUGAGUGCCAAGAGGGUUUUGUGGAUGGGUUGUUUUCAACACAGGGCUAAGGAUUUCUCCUUCCCUGGCAGAAUGUUCUCCCCACUCCUUGGUUUGCCCUCUAACCUUGUUCUGGGGUUUCUGGAGACAGUGUGGGAUGUGCAUGGGAAAAAACCUCCUGCAUUAACGCUAAUCCAUGCACAGAAAAUUAGUUGAGUAUCAUCCUCUCCCAGGGACGCGGGUGGCGCUGUGGUCUAAACCACUGAGCCUAGGGCUUGCCGAUCAGAAGGUCAGCGGUUCGAAUCCCCUCGACGGGGUGAGCUCCCGUUGCUCGGUCCCUGCUCAUGCCCACCUAGCAGUUCGAAAGCACAUGAAAGUGCAAGUAGAUAAAUAGGUACCACUCCGGCGGGAAAGUAAAUGGCGUUUCUGUAUGCUGCUCUGGUUUGCCAGAAGCGGCUUAGUCAUGCUGGCCACAUGACCCGGAAGCUGUACGCCGGCUCCCUCGGCCAGUAAAGUGAGAUGAGCGCCGCAACCCCAGGGUCGUCCGCGACUGGACCUAACGGUCAGGGGUUCCUUUACCCCUUUACCUUUACCAUCCUCUCUGCAUGUGAGCCACGCGUAGACUCUCCCUGUGGCUAGCAGAACCUGUAUAAAUUAUGCAGAUUAAUGCCGUUUGCAUAAUUUAUGCAGUUUGCAGAAUUCCAGUGAUGCGUGCUGUGGAAUUUUUAGGGUCUUCAGACACAGACUCCAUGCAGCCCUGACUAUAUUUAUUCCACCUCACCCCAGUUGCUAGAUCCUUUGACUAGCCCAGGCAUAGACAAACUCCAGCCCUCCAGAUGUUUGGGACUACAAUUCCCAUCAUCCCUGACCACUGGUCCUGUUAGCUAGGGAUAGUGGGAAUUGUAGUCCCAAACAUCGGGAUGGCCGGAGUUUGCCUAUGCCUGGACUAGGCAUUCUCCCUUCCAGCAGGAUUCAGAUAACUUAUUACCCUCCUACAUGUCAGGGAAACUGAGAGCUGGUGUGGUGUAGCAUAAAUAAUAAUAAUAAUAAAUUUUUAUUUAUAUCCCGCCCUCCCCAGCCGAAGCCGGGCUCAGAGCGGCUAACAACAGUAAAAAUAGCACAAUUUACAUAAAAUCACAGUCAGUUAAUUAAAAUAUAUUCUAAAAUCAAUUCAGAAUCAAAUUAAUGGCAACCCCUGGGCUAGAGUUCUUUGAGGAUUAUAGAAGGAGGGGGUCAGACUGCACCUUGGCCAAAGGCCUGGUGGAACAGCCCUGUCUUGCAGGCCCUGUGGAAAGAUGUCAAGUCCCGCAGGGCCCUAGUCUCUUGUGACAGAGCGUUCCACCAGAUUGGGGCCACAGCCGAAAAAGCCCUGGCUCUGGUUGAGGCCAGCCUAACCUCCCUGUGGCCCGGGACCUCCAAGAUGUUUUUGUUUGAAGAUCGUAAGUUCCUCUGUGGGACAUACCAGGAGAGGCGGUCCCGUAGGUACAAGGGUCCUAGGCCGUAUAGGGCUUUAAAGGUUAAAACCAGCACCUUGAAGUCUGGUGGAGAGCCAGGUUCAAAUUCCCACUUGUUCCCAAAGCAAACUUUGUGACUUUUGGCCACACACACAAUCCUACCUUGCAGGGUUGUUAGGAUAAACCAGGUAGGAACAAUUUACACGAACUUGAGCUUCUGGAGGGAGGAAGGUGGGAGAUAGAUAUAGCAAAUAAAGCAGCGCCAGUGAAGGGUAGUUGUGGGGUGCUUUCUCUUCUUCCCUCUCUCCCCUUUUUAAUCUGGCAUUUAUCAAGUCUCCCAUCUUCCCAGGACACGGCCGAGUAUGUUGCCUACGUUGCCAAAGACCCUGUCAACCACAGAGGUAAGACGUUCUGCACCAAUCAGAAACUUCCUGGGGCCAGGUCAGCUUCGACUGGGUUUAACAGAUUUGCAUCCUGCUUUCAGCUCACUCACAAUAAUGCCAGCAGCAUUUAAAAAAAAAAAAAAGAGCGAGCACUUUAAUCAGAAUAAUCAAGGUUUUUUUUUUUUUUUUUUAAAAAGAGUCUUGGUGCCGGACAGGCAUGCCAGUGACGGGUGGGGGCCAAAUUGGGAGGCCUGGUGGGCUUGAUCUAAGGCUGUGGGCCAAAGGUUCCCUACCUCCGGUGUAAACGUUCCUGAGCUGGAUGAACCCAACGAGUCAGGCUUGGUGGAAGGCAGCUUCUAGUCCAGGGGUCUGCAACCCGCGGCUCCGGAGCCGCAUGUGGCUCUUUUACACCUUUGCCGCGGCUCCGGGGCGGAUACUAGCGAGGGGAGGAGGCGCAUUGUGUGCCCCGACACUCCCCACUGUGGCGGGCACUGUACUGGCUGUGACGUCGCAUGGGGCGGUGCGUGCGUUAGUCACGCACCGUCCCGACGUCACCUUCCCGCCCGCCCGCUACAUUGUAAGGGGCAUGUACGCUGGUCACUGCAUUGAAAGGGGGCAUGUACGCUGGUCACUGUUUUGAAGGGGAGUGAAGAACACACACACACAAAAAGGUAACUUGUUAAUUUAACGUUUAUUUCUAUGAGGAGGAGUAAUUCUGAGGGGUCAAACAAAGAAAUAAUAAAAAAGUGACAAAAAACUUAUUUUUAUAGUGGCGAGUUUUGCGGCUCCCAGUUUUUUUUUCUUCGGAAACAGGUCCAAGUGGCUCUUUUUGUCUUAAAGGUUGCAGACCCCUGUUCUAGUGCUUCUACAAGAAGCUGGGGAAAUGAUCAGUGAUGGCGCUCGACAACAUUUCAUGAGCUACAUGUCUUCUGUUUGUUGAUAUUCAGCUAGCAUGCACUGUUUGCUUUGUUUUCUGCUUUGGAUAUUGUCAGAUGGCAGUGGUGGUUGCUUGUGAGUAACCAGGCAGGACUCAGACCUGUCUUUUACAGGCUUUAUUUUGGGUGCAAACUAUUGACAGUGCAGAGCCACAAGUUCAUGUCUGCCUCAAUCGCUAGCAGAAUCCAGAAGUGGUUGUUUCCUGGACCUCCCCCAACAUAAAAGUCUCAUUACUCCCAGCCUUUUCCUUCCCUCUUUGCGCUUUAGACCUCUGCGCAGGGUGGGCGAUGGAAGGGGUGUGCUUCCAUCCUGGCUGGCUUGGCCAGGAGCGGUGCUGAGGCUCCCACCAGCAUCCUCAGGUCCUUUUACCUCUUCCCCACUGGAGGUGGGGCUUUCCUCAUAACUGGAAGAGGAACUGCUGAUUUUCGGAGGCUCCCUGUAACACGACUGCCCCUCUGUUUUCCGCCCCUGUUCUGAUGGCAGUUCCCUGACAGAUAUGAAUAGAUAAAUAGAUGGGGGGUAGAGAGAGAGUGAUGUAUGGAAGUGAGAGCUGGACCAUAAAGAAGGCUGAUCGCCAAAGAAUGGAUGCUUUUGAAUUCUGGUGCUGGAGGAGACUCUGGAGAGUCCCAUGGACUGUAAGAAGAUCAAACCUAUCCAUUCUGAAGGAAAUCAGCCCUGAGUGCUCACUGGAAGGACAGAUCGUGAAGCUGAGGCUCCAAUACUCUGGCCACCUCAUGAGAAGAGAAGACUCCCUGGAAAAGUCCCUGAUGUUGGGAAAGAUGGAGGGCACAAGGAGAAGGGGAUGACAGAGGACGAGAUGGUGGGACAGUGUUCUCGAAGCUACCAGCAUGAGUUUGACCAAACUGCGGGAGGCAGUGGAAGACAGGAGUGCCUGGCGUGCUCUGGUCCAUGGGGUCACGAUAAGUCGGACACGACUAAACGACUAAAGAACAGGACUUCCGGGGUGGCGCCUCCGGAAAAUGGCAGAAUUCCCUUCGAACUGAAGGGAACCCGCUGCACGGAGGCUUGGGUCCUGCCGCUACGGCGCAGCGGGGACCCUUAAAAACCACAGGCGGAAGAAGCCUGUGGACAUGGGACUCGGCGGGCACCGAGAGCACUCUCUCCCCUUGUACAGGAGCCCGGUAACGGGCUCCGGAGUGGGAGGUGCGUGGUGCUGUGAGUCGACUGCUUCCUCCGUGCAGCAAAGCCGCACUGCCGUUUUCGGAGAGCGCUGCCUUUUUCCUGGACAAUUUGGCAUCUAAAACAUCUAUCCGUGAGUACCUGAUCUUGGAAGAGCUGAACUACUUUUAAGAUUGGUGAAUAAAUUAAUAACAUUGGACUUGGACUUGAAAUUGAAUUUAAUUGGGACUCGGAACGGAAAGGUCUAAACAGGAAGUCAGCCUUCCGUUCUUUUGUUACGUGAAGAAAGCAAAGACAAAUUAUACUAAAGCUUGAAAAUUAAAUUCUGAGAGAACUAAAAUUUCAACAUCUAAGAUUUCUGAACCCCCCUUUGACUGCAGGAGAAGAAGGGGGUUGUUUUGGUCUUUUCAACCCUGCGGAAGUGAGUUUAAAAUAAAGUAAUUUUCCACCGCCCUGAACCAGGAGCGGGCUGUCAGAACUGACGUUUUGAAGCUUAUCCAGCUCGACAGAUAGUUAAAAGAAGGGUAACAUUUUGAUUCUACUGUUGCCUCUUGAAUUUGGAAGGGGGAAUUUUAGAUAAAGUGUUUCUGGAAAAAGAAAGAUUGUUGCUGUUGUUUUUCCCCUCUUAAAAAAAAUAAUAAAAAAAAAAGGGUUUUCCAUCUAGUGGAACUGAGUGAAAUUGCAAUGCAGAGAGUUUAAAAGAGAAGGACUAUUCUCGUGGGAAAGAAUUUUCUUUGACCUUGAAGGACAAUGCUUGUACAAAGGCUUGAACAAGUGUUCCUGGAAGGUUUUGCAAAAUUAAGUGCCCAGCUGGACCAGAUGCGUCAGGAGCCGACCUUGAUGAUGGAAGUUACCAGAGCACAGCAGCAAACAAAUGAAAUUCAGUUAAAGUCUAUACAAGUAUAUGAACCUGCUGUAGCGACGGAGGCUUCAGAGAUGGAGGGACCUUUGGAUGGGCAAGAUCAGCCUUUGAACUUGAUAAAUGAACUUGGGACAAACCUGAUUCGGAAAGAUGAAAUGUGGUCAGAUUUGGAAAUGGGGGGAUGGAUUGACACCCCUCUAUAUGGUUAUUUGGACUUUCCGAGUCUAGUGAUGGGCCAUCAGAGGAUUGGAGUAGUUGAAGUCUCCAAGCUUUGUGGAAAUUGGAAGUGGUAUUAUCUGCUGUCUGGCUUGGGUAAUGGGUUUGGGAUGGACUUGCUGCAAAGAGUCAAAAGCAUCUUUUUGCUGGAGUAUCCACAACUGAAAGGGAAAUAUCAACAAGAGUGGCGAAAGGGGCAAGAAAGAGACUUGAGGGCCUCGGAUACGAGACAACCAGGUUAAGGAGCCGGAUUAUUGAGGUUAAAAGGACUGACAAUCCCGGGUCCAGGGGAGGGUAGGUUGGAAGCUGACUGGACUGAAUCUGACUUAUUACUUUUUCUUUCUUAUUUUUUAAUAUUGGGAAUGUUUAUAAAUGUUUGAAGGAUGUUGAAUGAAAUUAUAUGGCUUAAGUAAGGAUUGGUAAAUGAUUUGUAAAAGGUAAUGAUGUAAGAAUCUGCUAAAUAUUGAAUAUAAGCUUUGAGUUUUAAAGUUUUUAUAUGACAAGAGGGAAAAUAGAAUAAGGAAAUGUAAUGAUAGAUUGUUAUGAAAAAACAGAAAGGAUUUGCUGUAAAAAUUAAAAACUAAGAAACAAGAGAGGGGAGGAGGAGGAAGUCUAGAAAGGAAGUUAAUGGAGAUCGUAAAGGAUUUUAUAUUUCUGUUUUUCUGUUUUUCUUUUUUUCUUUUUUGCGGCUGGGUUUUUUCUUCUUUAUUAUUUUUGUAUUAUUUUUGGGGUUUUUUUUGUAUUUUCAAACUUUUUUGGAAAUUUGUGUUGUUACUCUUUGAAAACUUAAUAAAUAUCAAUUAUGAAAAAAGAACAACAACAGAGAGAGAGAGAAAGAUUCUAAUUGCUAUUAGAUUCCAUUAAAUUUAUAAAUAUAGCUAUAAUGUGUGUGUGCAAAAUAUGUAUUUACGUCGGUUUGUAACUGAUUUUUUUCAUCUCAAUCUUUUUAUCACGCUUUCAGUUUGCUUGGGUUUAUUUCAUUGUGGGUUGGUUUUUUUGCACUGCUUCUACUCUUGAGCACCCUAAACAGCAUCUGAUACGACCUGUUACCGUAUUCUGCUUCUCCCUGCCCCCCAACAGCCUGCCACAUCCUGGAGUGCCCCGAGGGGCUGGCGCAGGACGUGAUCAGCACCAUUGGGCAGGCGUUUGAGCUGCGCUUCAAACAGUACCUCAAGAACCCUCCCAAGCUCGUCACCCCUCAUGACAGGUAAGGCCAAGCUGGUUUUAUCCAGCAACACCUGGAGGACCCCCCACUUUCCUAGACCAGUCAUGCUUCAACCAAUCAGGGAUCACAUAUUAAAUGCGUGUACAGUGUUGGAGAAUAUAGCGCUUACACAGGAAAAUCACACACCGUCUGAAAUUCAGACAAGGAACAGAAUUUCCAGCGCCCUGUUUAUAUAUGCUGUGGCAUCUCUUUGUUUUUUUUAUAGCAGACUCCCUCUGCUUUUCAAAUACUUUUUAUUGAACAAUUGUAGGCAAGAACAGCAAUGAAAGAAAAAAUAUCUUUAUUUUAAAGAAAGGUUAGUUGCCACAAUUGUCAAUAAAAAAAUAAAGGAUGCAGCUACGUGAUUUACUGAAUCGAUAAGAAAACAUAACCAAGAAGAGAAGGACGUGUGUUCUGUGAUUACAGAGGAUUCCAAGGUUUAAAUUAAAAUCAUUGCCAUUUUUUAACUUUUCAAUUCUAUGCAACCUUGGACUGUACUAAAUCUGGACGCUUGCUUAGACCUGUGGGUACCAAGCCCUCCUGAGCUGCUGUUUGUAUAUAAAAUAAAAUUAUACCUAAUGGCAAAGAAGCCAUUAGAUCCCUGGACACUCAAGCGAGAUUUCCGCCCCAGAUUUUCCCAAGAAAAAAAAAUCAGGCAAGAUUUUUCAAGGACAAUUUGCACUUCCUUCUUUCCUGUGGCUGUCUUGUAUCUUGUUAUCUGCCUAUUAAAAACAAAAUAAAACUUGUUUGCAGAGUAGUAAUAGCAGGGACGCGGGUGGCGCUGUGGGUUAAACCACAGAGCCUAGGACUUGCUGAUCAGAAGGUCGGCGGUUCGAAUCCCUGCGAUGGGGUGAGCUCCCGUUGCUCGGUCCCUGCUCCUGCCAACCUAGCAGUUCGAAAGCACGUCAAAGUGCAAGUAGAUAAAUAGGUACCGCUCCAGCGGGAAGGUAAACGGCGUUUCUAUGUGCUGCUCUGGUUUGCCAGAAGCGGCUUAGCCAUGCUGGCCACAUGACCUGGAAACUGUACACCGGCUCCCUCGGCCAAUAAAGCGAGAUGAGCGCCGCAACCCCAGAGUCGGCCACGACUGGACCGAAUGGUCAGGGGUCCCUUUACCUUUAAUAGCAGGAGAGGGCUAUAGCCUCUGUGCCCUGCUGUCUGCCCUCCCUAAGGCAUCCGACUGGAUCGUGUGGGGAUGCUGAGCAUCAUGGGAGCUUCCCUGGCCUGAUCCAGUAGGGCUUCUCUUGCAUUCAGCGCCUGCCCUCUUUCCUCAGGAUGGCUGGAUUCGAUGGCUCCGCUUGGGACGAAGAGGAGGAACCGCUGCCAGACCACCAGUACUACAACGACUUCCCGGGGAAGGAGCCCCCCCUGGGAGGCGUGGUAGAUAUGCGCUUGAGAGAAGGAGCUGCGGCGGCCCUGAUGCCCAACCACUUAGGAGCCACCCUGGUUAGUGCGCCGGCGUUCCUCUGCCAGCUCGCUCGCUCACCUGCAUGCAGGUCCUAGUCACCAUAGGCAACCAGGCUGGUUCUUAGAUAGGUACAGUGUGGAGGAAGUGGACAGGGGUCCAGUUUUCUCUCUCGAUCUCAUGACACUAGAAGCCAGCAGGAUUAUCUGGGGCAGCUGAAGCUUGGGAUUCCUGCAUUGCAACGGGGUUGAACAAAAUGACCCUUUGUGUAGCGUUCCCAAAGCAAGGAAGGAUUGGACUCUGAUUAAUAAAAUACACACAAGGCUUGACCAGCAAGACUCUGGGAGGAGUGCGAAUAAUAAUAAUAAUCCGUCCACCCCUUGGCCCAGGUCGUUUUAUUCACAAAAGAACUUUUUACACAGUGUUCGUAAGAACCAAUCAGAUUUCCUCUGAGCAUUUCAAAAAACUCCACGUGGGGACAAAAUUAAAGUUAAAACUACAAAGAGCUAAUUUAAGCAUGCAUACAUUCUGGGGUAAAUCAAACAGGAUUAAAAGGAGGAAUGCAUUCAGCAUACCCAAAGGUCAUAAACAAGCAGUAAACAGGAGAGGAGGGAUGGCAAGGAAAGAUUAGGCAUAUUUAUCACCUCCAUGUGAAACUAUUUCCUGGCCCUAAGAUUAACAAAACCAAGGAAAGGUACGUCAAAGCUAUCAUCUUUAUGACCCAGGAUGCCUGAUGAAGCAACUGGCCUGUGUAUUUAGAAUGCUUAUACGUGCCUGUCAGGCGUAGAGAAAGCAAAUGGCAGAGGUGCAGAGGCUUGUGGGAAUCGAUCAGAAACUAUUGUCAGUGCAUCAAACCCAGUCAACGCAAGGCUUUCAUUGCUGACACAGUGGCUUGCUCCAUAUUUCAGAAUUCCUCAUAGCGAUCCCACCUGACCCCCCACACUCUGGAUAUUUGCACCCCUACACCUUUGGGUCCCUUCCAGUGCUACAGUUCUGUGACAAUACUUCUUCCCACAGUUAAGCCCUGGAACUCACUGCCACAAGAAGCAGCGACGGCCACCACUUUGGAUGGUUCUAAAAGAGAAUUAAUGGGAAAGGCUAUCAAUGGCCACAACAGCUAUGCUCUGCCAUCCCGUUGGAGGCCGUGAUUUGCCUCUAAGCAUCGGUUGCUGGGAAUCAUGGAUGGAGAGGGUUGCCGUGGGGCUCAGCGCCUCCUUGCAGGCUUCCCAUUGAGGCAUCUGGUUGGAUAAUGGGAGAGCAGGUCGCUGUAACAGAUGGGCUACUGACCUGAUCAGCCAGGGCUAUUCUUGUAUUCUGCAGCCCAGAGCAGCACUCUGCUCCAUCCUAACUGCAGAGUCAUCUGAUGCUGUUGGGGACUGCAACUCCCAUCACUGCACCAUUGGCCAGGCUGGUCAAGGCUGAUGGGAGCUGGAGUCCAUAAGCAGGUGAAGGGACAAUGGGUUCCCCAUCCCUGAUCUACAAGUAUAAUAAGAAUGUUAUUAUUUGGCUGGGGUUCCCCAGCCACUCUGUGUGGCUUACAGCACAUUAAAAAAUUGUAAAACGUUAGACAUUACAGUGGUACCUUGAUCCGUUCCAGGAGUCCGCUCGACUCCCGAAACUGUUCGAAAACCAAGGCCCGGCUUCUGAUUGGCUGCAGGACCUUCCUGCACUAAAGCAGAAACCAUGUCGGACGUUCGGUUUCCCAAAAAUGUUUGCAAACCAGAAAACUUACUUCCGGGUUUGCGGCGUUCGGGAGCCGAUUUGUUCAGGAGCCAAGCCAAGGUUUGACUAUAAUGUCAAGCGCAUCUUUAAGCGUUUGAGCUCCUGUUUCUUACGUACAGAAGCAGGAAGCUGGCUUCCUGAGGGCCCCUCUCCCCUUGCCGAAUCCAGUCUAUGCUUAGAUGCCUCACUCACUGCCUUUCUUCCUUCAGCCUGUCUCCCAGAUGUCUGCUGGGGACUACGAAUCCAAGAAACCGCACCUCGCAGCACAAGGUGAGCUUCCAGGCCACUGCUUUGCCUUGAGUGGGAAAAGAGAACCCUUGGCAGCCAGUGAUGCUGUAGGGCUUUGGCUCAGUGCUAGGGCAUGCAGAAGGUCCCCAGUUCAGUUCCCUGGUACCUCCAGGAAGGGCUGGGGAUGUUCCCUGACCGAAACCCCAGCGAGCCGCCACCAGUCAAUGCAGUCACCCCUGGCUAGGUAGAUCAGUGGACUGGCUCAGGAUAAGGAAGCUUCCUAUUUAAAAUUGCCUUUAGGUAAAGGGUAAAGGGACCCCUGACCAUUAGGUCCAGUCGUGACCGACUCUGGGGUUGCGGCACUCAUCUCGCUUUACUGGCCGAGGGAGCCGGCAUACAGCUACCGGGUCAUGUGGCCAGCAUGACUAAGCUGCUUCUGGUGAACCAGAGCAGCGCACGGAAACGCCGUUUACCUUCCCGCCAGAGUGGUACCUAUUUAUCUACUUGCACUUUGACGUGCUUUCGAACUGCUAGGUGGGUAGGAGUAGGGAUCGAGCAACGGAAGCUCACCCCGUCGCGGGGAUUCGAACCGCUGACCUUCUGAUUGGCAAGUCCUAGGCUCUGUGGUUUAACCCACAGCACCACCCACCAGUUCAUGCUUUAAUUUCAGGAGAAGGGCCAUAAUUCAGUGGCAGAGCAGCUGCUUUGAGUACAGAAGGUCCCGGGCUCAAUUAUUGGCAACUCCUGAUAGGGCUGGGGAAAAGACCCUUGUCUGAAACCCUGAAAAGACUCUGACAGCCCAUAUAGAUGGACUGGAGGGUGUGAAUUAGUUUAAGGCUGCUUCCAAUGUUCCUGCGUUCCCCGCCAGAAGUGGUAGACCCAGGCUUUUCCUGGUAGGCUGCCUCUGGGCAUGGAGGCUCCUCUUCGCUACCCUUGACCUCCUGAGCUCCCCAUCCUGUUUGCUGCCAUGUGGGGCUUCUAUUUGUUACAGUCUUCCUGCGGGUUUCCUAAUGCUCUGUUCUGUCCCCUCUCGCAGGAAGGGAGAGGGGCCCACCCGGCCGCACGGAUCUCUUUGACGACCCCUCCUACGUUAAUGUUCAGAACCUGGAGAAGGCGCGGCAGGGGGCUCCGGGGGCCACUGCCAACGGCAGCGCCCAGCGAGAUCUCUUUGACAUGAGUGAGUGUCAAAGGCAUGUUUGUGUAUGUGUAUGUGCAAGAGACUUGUGGGCACAGGGGCAGUAGCCUUGCAAUUAAGCACUUGCCUGGUAGCCACAGGCGGGUAAAAAGGUUGGUGGAAGCACCUAGUGGGAAAAUAUUGGGGAUGCCUUUUGAAAGGGGCAAGGCAAACUCUUUGUCCCUCCUCUUCCAACAGGCUAGUACAAUUAUUAGUAGUAACCUGCAAGCUAGCUUUGGCUUCUGAAAUGUGCACUUCUCACCAAAGUCCCAAAGUGGUUUGCAUCCUAAUUAAAAAGAGAGAGAGAGAGAGAGAAAAACAAUAAUAAGAUCUCAUCAUGUCUUUGCCUGGUGCCAAAUAUUGGUCCUGGCAGGCCUCCCUGGGGAGAGUUGUCAUAUCAAGCGUUUGUACCCCAUUCUUCAGCCAAAAAGACUCCCAGGGGACUACCGUACGGUCAGUUAAAAGAAGACCGCAAGCCUGCAGGCAGGUGCUAUCUUAAAAAUGAAAAAGACAUGCAAGGAAAAGGGGGAAGGGAGGGAAAUUGAACUCGUCACUAAUUCAUAGAAUCCUAGAGUUGAAAGGAACCACAAGGCUCAUCUAGUCCAACCCCCUGCAAUUUUGCCAAUGUGGGGGUCAAACCCACGACUCUGGAGUCUCACGCUCUACCAACUGAGCUAUCAAAGAUUUAGUAUUACGGUCAAUGAGCAGCAUUAAGAAACCGGGAUAAGAAGUGCAUUGAGCACAUCAUCUGAACUGUGUUAUGAGGGAAGGGGGAAAAGGGUGGAAUAAAAUUAAGCGAAUGAAAAUAACACAAAAUAAGGUAAAACGGGCCCCAGCAUGAUCACCAGAGUGCCUGAGGUCACACGACACAUGAGGGAGAAGCGACAGGGAGGGAAGAGGGGGAAAUCAAACUCAGGCACGUUCUUCAACCAUUGGGCAGCUGGCGCAGGAUCUGGGCCUCCAGCAGAACUGAGGAAAUGAGCCUUCUGCUCCCGAUCUCUCCUGCUGGGCAGUCUGAUGGAAUGGCUGCCCUCAAGCAAUAGCAGAGGGGAGAGGAGGCCGGGCGGAGAGCCUUCCAUGAAGUAUGGCUUGAGGAUGGAAGGCUGCUAGUAAUGUUUGGUGACCUUAUUUAAAAGGCUUAUUUACAAGUGCGUUUCGGGCUGGAGGAUAUUUGUUUGUUUGUUUGAUUGGUUUAUCUACCGCACUUUGUCACAAGAUCUCAAUAAUCAGGUAUAAAUAAUCUAGUAGUGUUAAUUUAACUGCUCUUGCAUCUCAAGAUACACACCUGUUCCUGCAGAAGUGCAUAUCCCAUUCAAAAGAGAGGAUUAAGAAAUACAGUGGUACCUCGGGUUAAGUACUUCAUUUGUUCCAGAGGUCCGUACUUAACCUGAAACUGUUCUUAAGAGAGCCAGUGUGGUGUAGUGGUUAAGAGCGGUAGUCUCGUAAUCUGGGGAACCGGGUUCACGUCUCCGCUCCUCCACAUGCAGCUGCUGGGUGACCUUGGGCCAGUCAUACUUCUCUGAAGUCUCUCAGCCCCACUCACCUCACAGAGUGUUUGUUGUGGUGGAGGAAGGGAAAGGAGAAUGUUAGCCGCUUUGAGACUCCUGAAGUCUCUUCUUCUUAACCUGAAGCACCACUUUAGCUAAUGGGGCCUCCUGCUGCUGCUGUGCCGCCGGAGCACGAUUUCUGUUCUCAUCCUGAAACAAAGUUCUUAACCUGAAGCACUAUUUCUGGGUUAGCGGAGUCUGUAACCUGAAGCGUAUGUAACCUGAAGCAUAUGUAACCCAAGGUACCACUGUAGUGUCAACAUGUUUCUGACCUGAAACCAUUCCAUUUAAACUGUUGUGGUAUUGGUGGGGUGCCCCAUGAUGUGGGGUUUUGUUGGAAAUUUUUGAAAUGGGAGUAGUGGGAGAGUUCCUAAUGCUUGAAAUCAGGCUUCACCAAUGUGGUGGGUUGGGCUCCAGCUCCCACCAUAAAUCCCUAAUAAUUAAUAAAUGAAUAAAACGAUGAGGGAGCUUUCUGCCCUACUCUCAUUUUUCCUUUGUGGGCUUCUGCUAGCGUCUUGUAGUCCCCAGCCUAUUCUAUCUCGAUGGCACUGAAAGGGGUUGUCAAGCUGCUAGUCCUCACUUGGCUGUUGUGCACCUCUCGCCGCUUGCCUCUCUCCCCAGAGCCGUUUGAGGAUGCUUUGCGGGGGCCGCCGCCUGCAUCGCCAGCCCAGCUGGUGGCCUCCAUGGAGGAGCAGCUCCGACGGGAGCCCUGGUACCACGGCCGGAUGAGUCGCAAAGAUGCCGAGAAGCUGCUGCAGGCGAAUGGGGACUUCCUGGUGCGCGAGAGCACCACCACACCGGGGCAGUAUGUGCUGACCGGGCUGCAGGGGGGGCAGCCCAAGCACCUGCUCCUCGUGGACCCCGAAGGAGUGGUGAGGCUUCCUUCUUCUGCUUCAGGGUGUGGGGCGAGAGGGGCCAAGUGCAGCCUACAAAACAGCCCCUCCUGUCACAAAUCCCCGCUUUGCUGGCUGCCCCCUGUUGAGACUAGUAGGGUGGUAGGUCGGGAAACCCAAUGGUAGGCGGAGCCAGAGCCAACAAGAGGAGGAGCCAGAGGCAGAAGGACAGGAGGCGGGGAGACCCAAAGGUGGGCGGAGCCAGAGCCCAACAAGAGGCAGGAGGCAGGGAGACCCAAAGGUGGGCGGAGCUAGAGCCAACAAGAGGCGGAUCCAGAGGUAGAAGGACAGGAGGCAGGGAGACCCAAAGGUGGGCGGAGCCAAGCCCACUCAUUCUUGUUUUGUCCCUCUCCUCCUCUCAUGGGCUUUUCUGGGGGUUUUCCCUACACCAACUCCCAGGCCAGUUUUGUGGGGUAAGAGGCAGGAAUGGGGGGAGCCCCAUUGCGCAAGCAGUGCAUUUUGGGUUUACUAAAAAAAAAGCCUUACAGCCAGAGUCUCCUUCCCCUACCUGCAGGUCCGGACGAAGGAUCACCGCUUCGAGAGCGUCAGCCACCUCAUUAGCUACCACAUGGACAAUCGGCUGCCAAUCAUUUCGGCGGGCAGCGAGCUCUGCCUGCAGCAACCAGUGGAGCGGAGAUCGUGAGCAGCGAGGGGCCGGGGUGUCAUCCUCAUCCCCACCCCGCAAAUCCUUCAGUGGGGAAAAAAAAUUUGCCGCCUUGCCCCUUCCAGCAGUUUCACCUCAGCUUCUCCUGCCUUUUACGGGUGUUCUGUUCCUCAUACACGUGUCGCCUGUACACUAGGCAUCAAUGGUUCCCUCCACCACAGGCCAGAGCGGUGCCAUCUCUGCCAAAGCGUCUCCCUUUUAUUGCGAGCUGGACACCUGCCUCACUCCACAAAUCCCUCCUUGGUAGAAGAUGCUCUCUGAUUAUCAACAAACUCUCCUGUCGCUUAUCGUCACCCACCUUUCAUUUCUCACAAGGAGGCCCUGGGCCAGCACUGCCUCACCUUUGCAAAGCCUGCGCAAGGCGCUAGUCCUCAGCGAGGGCGCGAGGGUCUCAGUUUCUCAUGGCUCUUGCUGGAUCCCGUGCCUGCACAGCUUCCCUUGGGGCAGAAGAGCCCCAAACUUCGCCUGCCUAUUUACCCCCCACCCCCAGUUCAGAUAACCUGACCCUUCUUCUCUUGACUUUUUAAAGCGGCUGGGUGGAAGUCCGUUCCCGUCUCCCGUUUCUAGCAGCGCCUGAUUGAAUCUUUGCCCAAUGGAUUCAGCUAAUGCCAAAGUUGCUGGUCGUAUUUUGUUGUUUUGUGGGGGAGAGGGUGGAGGGAGGGAAACAAUAGCCUCUCCCCCGCCUUUUUUGUAAAGCACAAAAAAGAGAGAGCGCAAUUCUCCCCCUGGACCCAGAUGUGUAACACAUACACCCCCCCAAAAAAACACCACUCACUUUACAUAUUAAUUAACUCUGCGUGCCUUGACCCUUUUACAGGUCUGAGAUUUUAUGCAAAAUCCCUCUUGCUGUGGUGGCCUGCUUUGGAGGGCGGUGGGGUAGGGGUGGGAGAGAAGAAGGCUGUUGUUCUCUUACCCGCCCCCCACCCCAAAUCUCUAGGACCUGCACAGCCAUCACUGUGCCCCGGCGGGCACUCCUACACCCCUUGGGCAUCCCUGUUGGCAAAAGUGCCCUGCGGGGAAGGUGGAGGAGGGGGCGGGAUUACUCUGAGCUAUGCCCUACACUACAGCCCCUCUCCUCGCCUGCAUUGCAGGGGGUUGGACUAGAUGGCCCUCAGGGGUCCCUCCCACCUCCAUGAUUCUAUGAAAGCACAGCCUUAGCAGCACAGGGACCCCUCGGGACUUGUGGGACGCUCAUCCUUGAACUCGAGGACCUUCCGCAAGGAGGCAAUAUUGGGGUGGGGAGCACAAAAGCUUUCCAUAGCACCCAAAGGACCCAGGGAGAGAGUGGGGGGGGUGUAGAAGAAAGCCACGUUUCCUUGCAGUGCUCAGGCUGCAGCCACACCUCCCUGCCCUCCCCAGGUCUGUAAAUAAGUUUGAUAACUUUAGUGUUGCAUGUACAUUGUUAUACUCCAGAAGCCAAAGUGUAGCCCCCCCUCCACUCCCUCACACACACACCCAUGAUCACUGUGCCUGUCCCCCCACCCUGGGGGACUUCAUUUCCACCUCACGUGCCCCCCCCAAAAUCCUAUACACACACUUUUUAUCGGUUUGAUUUUAUCUUGAUUAUACCAAAGGAACCCAAUGAUUAUUAUUAUUAUUAUUAUUAUUAUUAAAAGUUGGUAUUUCUUU